GAUAGAUAUGCUGAAAAGCUCUCGGUCAACAAUGCAGAUUGUGACACAUUUCAUGCAAGAUGCUGUAAUCCCAUACAUCUUGUCAUGCUACCCUGAAGGAAAGGUAUGGUUUUAGUUCAGAAACUGAAAUUUUAGUAAGCAGGUGUAUUAGAAAUAAUUUAUACACCAUACAUCUAAAUGGGCUGUGAGAUUAAACUUUGAAGUCAACAUACUAUUUAUCACAUAUGGUUAACAGGGCCUCUUCUGAGUAUUCACAUUUUAUAUAUAACAUUAACAACAAUUUAAGAUGGUGUUCACAUGUAGUGUGUGCUUAUAAAAGCAAGUGAGAGGAAUGCUUAAUAACUAAGCUUGUUCUCAGUGUUUGGUAAAAAUAACUAACUGAGGUUUUUUUAACCUAAACUUGAUGGUGAUUUACACAUGCAUGUUCAUUACUUAGUGAUUUUCAUUGGUGAAGGAGCCAUGAGAUCAAAUAUCAGAAGUUAAGCUGAGAGAUACUAAGUUACUUAAGGUCAUCACCAAUGGUGGACUUGAAUUGACUGUUUCUACAACCUACUAACCUUUUUAAUGCUCUGUCUCAUGGAUCUUACCAAAUUUAUCAUUGUUCUUAACUGCUGAAAAUGCUAAAGAAUUACUUGGGAUUAAUUAUAAUGGGUCUGUGCUCAGUUGUGUGGUGCUUAUUCAUACAAGUAACCUUAACUGCUUGAAAAAGCAUCUGCUUUACUAUCAGUUUUAAUAAUUUCUGAGGGCAUAGAUCUGCAGGGAAAGGUGAGUUCUAGUCAGAGUUCAUUUAAAAGAAGCAAACAUAUGGGACCAAGAGACCUCUCAUGAAAGUCAGCUUUACAUAAGCUUAUCCAAAAAUUACCUGUGAAAGCACAACUCUUACCUGCACUGCUGUGCAGCAUAAAACAAUCAUUAACCAAUGAGCAACCAGGGGAACAACUGAUCUGAUCUUGGUGCUACUCAGUCCAAAUAAUCCUAUAGAAUAAUAUUUGAUCUUUAACCUCUUCUGUAAUUUGGGCUAUGCAAGAAUGAUGGAAAAUUAUUACUUUCAACACUUACAAAGUAUUCAUAAAGCAGUUACACAUAAAAAAUAGGUCAAUAGAUUACUGAACUCUACAAUAUACAAGAGUUUAUAGAUCUGUUUAUAUUUUGUUCAGCUCCUAAAUGGCUGUUACAUAGAGUGAAUAUUUGCUGCACUAGGGUGUAGUGAUUGAUUUUCAAAAUACAAAUAUGUCACAAAGAAAUGUUGACCCAUAGACUUCAGUCAUAUAAAUAGAUAACUAUGAGGUCAAAUUCUGAUCCAAAGCAGCCUCUAGCUGCCUAUGGCCAACUGCUGCUGCUGCUUCAGAAGAAUGACAAUUUUAUAAUGUCUGAAAAAAGACUGUGUAGAAAUACACGAAGUCUAUAUUGACCAACUUGGAGAGUGCAUGAAUGAAUUAAAACCUACAGAAUUGUAGAGUUGGAAGGGACCCAGAGGGUUAUCUAUUCCAUGUUGUAGAUCAGUUUCUUUUUCAAACUUAGUAUCUCUUUUUAAAAUAGCCAGCUUUACAAUUGCAUGUCUUUACUCAGAAAUAAGUGUCUGUUCAGCGCAGUCCAAAAUGUGUGUAGUUCUGUAGCCUAGGUCUAUUCUAGAAUAAGUAGAAACAAUACAGUGGUGCCCCGCAAGACGAAUGCCUCGCAAGACGGAAAAACCGCUAGACGAAAGGGUUUUCUGUUUUGAAGUUGCUUCGCAGGACGAAUUCCCCUAUGGGCUUGCUUCGCAAGACGAAAAUACCUUGCGAGUCUUGAGAUUUUUUUCUCGCUCCCCCCCCUUUAUCUAAUCUGCUAAGCCUUUAAUAGCCUUUAAUAGCCUUUUAGCCUUUAAUAGCCGCUAAACCGCUAAUAGCGCUAAUAGCGCUAAUCCGUCAAUGGGCUUGCUUCGCAAGACGAAAAAACCGCUAGACGAAGACUCUCACGGAACGGAUUAAUUUCGUCUUGCGAGGCACCACUGUAUUUGUAAAAUAGUCCACACAUAAUUUAGAUCUGCUGCAUAUUUUUUUGCCUCUAAGAAGCACUUCUUGAGACAAUUGUUUCAUUUUUCAACUAAAAAGUCAUUGUGGACUGAUCCUAUUCAAUAUCGCUUUGAAAACACAUGUAAGCAGUCCUGGCAAUGGGGGUGUAUCCACUACUGCCCAAUGACACAGAUGGGUGUAUACCAAGAUCACAAUCACCACUUCUUCCUCCAUUCACUAAGGGAAUGUGCAAGGAGGAAAAGGUGUGGAUAACCUACUUACUUACUUACUUAUUUGUUAAAUCCGUUAGUUGCUUUAUCUUGCCCAAGGCGACCUAAUGGGACUUACAAACAAAAACAAAGUCCCACAUAAAUAAGGCCAAGGGAAAAAACAAUAUGUACGUUGAAAACAUGUCACCACAACCACCCAUAACCUUACCAGGGGGAAGUUUUUCAAAUGUGUAUCAAAUAACCACACCCAUCCUUGUGGUCAGCAGGAUCUAGAAUCAAUGCAGCAUGUGAGGACAAACAUGAACAAUUACGGGUUGAGAGAAACUAUAUUUUUGUGCUGCAAGUGGAUUAGCGUGCUAGCAGCCUUAGAAUUUGUCCUCAGAAUGCUAGGUUUGUGUGAAUGAUUUCAAAAGAGAAAUCAAGUGGCUGAAUAAUGUAAGCAAUAAAUGCCAAUUUUCUUUCUACUUCAAGCUUACUCUGCCUAAAUCUCAAUCCUUGGCAUUAGUGUGAUAAUACUAAGCAUUCAUUUGCUGGCACAGCAAAUCUGAAGAUUUGGAUUGCUAGUGAUUCUAACACACAGUGUCAGAGCUAGGAUUACAGAGGUUCCAGAAAAAGAUCAGUCUCCAUGUGAAUUAAUUUAUGAAAGCUAAGAGGUCCUUUAUACUGUCUUGAUUAGGGUUGCUAGGGUAAGAUUUUUGAGAGAGUCCUAUACUUUUGAUGAUGAAGCCCUUCACUUAAAAACGAUCUUUCUUUCUCUUGAUCUUUAGGGGAGAGUGCCUGCACUUAUGUGGCGAAAACGGUAGAGCCCACAAACCAAAAGGAGGUAUCUGCAGGCUGAGUGUAAUACUGAGUUCUUAAGUACAAAACUUCUUUAUAAAACCCUUGCUCACCCCCACCCCUCAAUAGCCCCAUGAAACUGAGCACGUUCUCAGUGGGUAUGGAAUACUGAUGGGGGAGCACCUGGAAAACCAGACGGUGGGGGAAAUGGAAUGGAGUGGUUGGAGGAGACACACUGCUUUCUGCUGCAAAUCAGGUUACCUGUUUUAAAAUGCUCCGGGGCUGGCCAGAAAAGUCAGUAGAGAUACAUAGGAUUUCAAUUUAGUUGGGAUUGGGCACCAGCAUGUCUAUCCAACCUUGCCUCCCUCCGAAAAAACCUACCCCAAAGUAUCUUGAACUUAGUUCUUAAUUAGUGUGAAAACACACACACACACACACACACACACAGAGAGAGAGAGAGAGAGAGAGAGAGAGAGAGACACAGAGACAGAGAGAGAGAGAGAGAGAGGGAUUCCAAAGCAAAUGCAGCUCCUUGUGCAUAUUGCAGGUUGGAAGAGGCUGGAAGAGGUUCACACAGCCCUGCAGGGUAGUUCAUACUGAAUACUGGCACAGUCAGGCUGCAAUGUUACUCAUUGAUUUUAUCUUCAAAGUGCAAGUUGGGCUGAGGGCAAUAUAAAACUGCAGUGUAGUUUGUUGCUGGGCCUCAUUCCUGAGAGUAGUUUACAGUGUCCCUGGCACUGCAGUCCACUGUUAAUGUUGCAGACUACAGUAGUUUUGAAGUGGGUUUGGAUUCCCACACAAAAACCCUCCAUGCUUGAGUUGCAGUCAAGGUCAGACUUUCUCCCAGGCCAAGUCAAGCACUGAAUUGCAUUUAAAACCCUCAUGCUCCAUUGAUUUUGGUGCAGAAUGGUUUCCCUUUUAAAUGUUCAAAAACAGUUUCUGCACAUGGUGAAAAGCCCAGGCCAGAUCAGUUACCCAGUCUUAGAUACGGCUUCUAUUUUUCAAGCCCUUCAGCUGCAGGUAACAAACUCCAGGGAUAUCGUGCAACAUUUUGUUGCAAGGCCUUGUAGAAACUUAACAGUGACUCUUGUGUGUCACUCCUUGUGUGUCCAAAACUACACUAGCCAUGCACAAGAACCCUAAGUGUGAAUAAUUGUUAAGGGUAAAAUUCCUUAAAGUGGCGAAAUCCCCUCCCCUCAAAACAGCCUUCCAAGCCCUGAGCUUGCCAACUGUUGGAGGGAAAUUGGAAAAGUUGGGAUGGGAACUAUUAUGGACUCUUUCAAAUGAGGACAUGGUUGGCCAGAAUCCAAAACAGGAGCACACUGGGUUCAACAUGUGGAAAUAGAUGUAUGGCAGAGUGUUUUUCCAUUUAUCUAGAAGAGGUACUUGCAGCUUUUAAGGCACAGAGCUGCAGUUGGCAAUUUUGGAGUUAUGUAUGUAGGACUCAUAAAUAAUCUCUCACACCCUUAUACUAUGGAAGCUUUCAGUUAACAUUUAGGUCUGCCUCUCCUUGUAAGUUCUCCAAGGCAUUAAGCAUACUAUCCAUGUUUUUCUUAAAAAUGUUUUUGUUAGUUUUUCAUAAGAAACAUGAGAAUACAGGCCCCCUCAGUAAACAGUUUCCCCUACCUACCCAUGUUUCACAGAGUUUUAUGGGAAAACAUUAUUCCAAAGUUUCAAAUGUGAGUCUGGUGGAUGCCACUGUACUUUAUGUUCCAUCAGGUAUGUGCUGAAAGGGUCGUUUUAUCCAAGCUGAAAUCAACCUCAGUACAGCAACACUUCUAUGUGGCUGUGAUUAAUUUGAACAUAGAGAAUUUAUGGGGCGCUCUUAUGUCUCAUAGGACAAGGAGGAAUUAAUAAGAGCCUAGAGUCCUUGCUUAACAGCCAUCAUCCACACCUCAUAUUUUGAGGAGUUUAAUAGUUUGCAAAAUGUGGUUUCUUUUCUACCCUGCUUAAUUGUACAGUGGUACCUCUGGUUGUUUUUGUCCAUGGAGUUUUCUUGGUGGGGAUACUGGAGUGGCUUGCCUGUUCCUACUCCAGGUGGAUCACGUUUAGUCAAAACUCUCCACUUUGACCUGUCCGUCUUUGGUGGCCCUGCACAGCAUAGCUCAUAGCUUCUCUGAGUUAUUCAAGCCCCUUCGCCAUGACAAGGCAGUACUUUGACCACCUCCUGAGAAGAGAAGACUCCCUGGAAAAGACCUUGAUGUUGGGAAAGAUUGAGGGCAUAAGGAGAAGGGGACGACAGAGGACGAGAUGGUUGGACAGUGUUCUCGAAGCUACCAACAUGAGUUAACCAAACUGCGGGAGGCAGUGGAAGACAGGAGUGCCUGGCGUGCUCUGGUCCAUGGGGUCCCAAAGAGUUGGAAACGACUAAAUGCCUAAACAACAACACCGCUGGUUACAAACUUAAUUUAUUCCAGAGGUCCAUUCUUAACCUGAAACCAUUCUUAACCUGACGUACCACUUUAGCUAUUGGGGCCUCCAACUGCCACUGCGCCGCCACCGUGUGAUUUCUGUUCUCAUCCUGAGGUAAAGUUCUUAACCCGAGAUACUACCGGGUUAGCGGAGUCUGUAACCCAAGGUGUUUGUAACCCGAGGUACCACUGUACAGUCAAUGGCUCCCUGCUGCCCUUCUCCCCACCUUGGAGAACUCGUGUAUUUAAUUGCAUGCUAUCACUAUUUCUGUUUAACAAAAUGUUUUGCUUGUUGAAUUCUUGUCCAUAAGGGGGGAAAAACCCAUUGGAAAGAAAGUUCUCCUUAGGAGUUUUUUAAAAAUUAAACAUGGUAGAUGAUAAGGAAGUUCCAGUCGUCCUCUCAAACAGCUUUCCAAAUUACUUUCCAGCUUAAAACGUUGACCCUAAAAAUAUUAACUAGAAAUUUCAAUGGGGGCAUCAAAAUAAGUACAUUUAGAAUUAUAGCAGUGCUAAUAGGGAAGGGCAGUGCAUGGGAAUUCUAGCAAAAACAACUUCCACCGGUUCAGCUUUGAAGGGAGUUUGGAAGUAGACAAAGGAUACUUUUAAUACCUUGCUGAAAUGCUUUGUCCAAUACGUAUUUGGGCAUGGCCUGUUUUGUCAUGUGCAAGUUCUAUAAAUGCAUGCUAAGACUGUAGUCCGCUUGCCCUUGGUUUCUAACAGGUGUGGUGGAGAGACCAAGAUACAAGCAGCAUGUAGUAUCAAUAAUAAAUGCUUAAAUAAACAUUAUUUCUGCACACUGUAGCACAUUAUAGCUGGAAUGCAACAUGGACAAAAAUUAAAUUGCUGAAUGGUUUCAGGCGGACAGCAAUAAAGUGGACAAACUGCAGGAAAAGCACACCUAGGAAAAAGCCUGUUGUAGGCAAGAGAAAGGACUCGUGUUAUAUGUAAGUUUGCAGGGAAGCAAUACAUUUGUAUUCUGUUGACAAAAGAUGUACCUUGACCGCUAAUGGAAAUUAACCAUUUUUCAUAUGCUAAACAGGCUGAGAAACUGCAACCUGGUUAAGAUCACUUAGUUAAUAAGGGUUAUAACCAAGGAUUCAGAAGCUCACUCUUACCCACUACUACUCUAUGUUAGUGUUGGCAAACCAACAGUGUUCCUCUGACAUGUUCCAUUUUCUCUUUGUAGGAGUGGAAAUGUAUAGGACAGAUGAAAGAACAGGCUGUUUGGUCCUUCAGCAGACAGGUAUUUGUUCAAAUAUUUCAGAAAGCUGCUUACAUUUGCGUGUUUGUGUGACAAUAUAUAAAAUCUACUGCAAAGACAGAGCUGUGUGGUUGUUUGGUUAAUAUAUAAUGGGUUAAGAAUUUUUUGAUUUUGAUUGAAUAGUUCUUUUUGAAGGCACGGGACAUAUUGCACCGAUCCUGGCUGGACUGCACUGGCUGCCAAUUAGUUUCUGGGCCCAAUUCAAAGUCAUGGUUUUGACCUAUAAAGCCUCAAACGGCUCAGGACCGCAAUACUUCAAGAACCUCCUCACUCCACAAAAAUCAAUCCAGACGCUGUGAUAAUCAUGUGAGGUCCUUCUUUGUGUGCCUCCUCCACGAGAGGUCUGGAGGGUGGAAAACAAGAGCAGACCUUUUCUGUGGUGGCUCCCCAUUUGUGGACUGCUCCCCCCCAGGGAGUCUUGCCUGGCUCCUUCAUUACAUACUUUAGGCACCAGGUGAAAAUGUUCCUCUUCAACCCGGCGGUGUGGUGGUUAUUGCUUUUGUUUGAUUGCGUAUUUUGUGUCCUCAUGUUGUAUUUUUAUGUUUUGAACCACCCUGUGAUCUUCAGAUGAAGGGCAGUAUACAAAUUAAAUAAUGAGGAUUAUUAGAUUUCUAAAUAAAUAAACAGAAACAGAACCAAUCAAUAAGAUAGAAAACAGGCAAACUAGUGAAGGUAAGAACACAUUUGCAACGGCAAUCUGCAGGCUUGAUCCCUGCUGCAGUGAUUACAAGAAAAGUUAUAACUCAGCAAGUGUGUUUGAGCUUUGUAUGGCAUUUAAGGGUGAGUCAAAUCCCACUGGGAACUUGGUCACCUGCACGCUCCAAGUUCAGUGGGGAAUGCUUUUUAGUUUAGGAAUACAGCCUAGAUUUCCCAGGAUGUUUUUCUGUGGCUGAAAGAGAGCCUAGCCAGUGGUUCAGAUGAGGAAAGGGUGGGCAGUUGCCUUGCAUUCUAAUACUUUCAUCAGUUUGCACUCGCCCACUCUGAAAUACUUUUAAUUCUAGGGUUGGUGUCAUUGGAUGUUAAUAUUUCCUCUUUUCACUGGCCUUUUACCUAUGUGAUAAGUAGGUGGCUCCCUUUGCUGGGGGACUUUAGAACAGGACGGGAUCAAAAUCCAGAUAGGUAAGUGAUGCAAUGCACUUGCAUCCUGUAGGAAAAAAAAGAGAGAAAAGGGAACCAAAAAAAGUGUCAGUUUUGGGAGCAGGGUGAAUUACCAGAUCAGGGGAAAAGCACGUGAUUUCUCUUACAUUUGCCGUGUGUGUGUGUGUGUGUGUGUUUAAAAUAAAAAAGGCCCCGAGGAUGCACUGUGCAAAUGCAGCAUCUGGGGCGGUGCAAAUGCACCUAUGCCCACAGCUGCUGUUGCCAGGAGACUAGUAGAGUAGCAAGCUUGGAGCGGGAGGAGGCGAGGCAAAGGGAGUGGGCUGCCGAGGCUGGAGCAAGAGCAGCAGCAGCAGCAGCAGCAGCGGGGAGCUCUGGGUAGGGAGUGUUCUGUUUGCUGCUGCAACGCUAAGCUCUGCUGCUGCUGCUGUUGCUUUAGGAGCGAGAGGAAGCAGCUCCGCGGAGGGAAGGAGGAGAGCCGACUGCAGCCAUGCUGAAUCACAGGCGCUGACUGAUUCGGCCGGCUCGCUGCGCCCCGAUCAAGGAGGACAACGGUGGGAGACGCGGCGGCGGCGUUGCCCGAGGCCAGGAGACGAGGGUGCAUGCAGAGUUCAAGCUCCACUCCGGCUGCGCACAAUGGACGACGAGAGGUUUGUGCGGGUCGGAGGGGAGGGAAUUAAGUGUGUGUCUGUCCGCGACUGGAAGAGUGCAGGCGCCUUUGUGUUUGCGUAGGCAAGGGGUGGCAGGUUAUGCAGAGCUUUCCGGUGGGCCGAUCGAUCCCCAUGGGAGGACAGCCCUGCCGGAUCCAUUUAGCAUCACUCCCAAAGUUAGCUGCUGCAAUAACCUUCCGCGUGGCGCGGUUCAUUUGCGUGCGUUUGUUUGUCGUGGCCCAAAAGAUCGCCAGUCCUGCUCGCUGGCAGGCUGUCUUGUUAUUUGUAUUUUGGAGAUGUGUGAUGUUUGCACAGUGCGAGCUCUCUCCCUCCCCUCCCCACCUCGGACUCAUUCAUCGCCGAAUCCUUCAUCACUUUUCCAGAUUCUCUCUCCCUUUCCUACUUCCUGCCUCCGAUGGCCCUGGUUUGAAAUUCUCUCUCUCUUCCUCCCUCCGUCCCUGCCUCCCUCCUUCCGCUUCUUUUCGGCGUGUUUUUCAGACUUGAAAAUCGCUUUGCAAGCGGCUGACCUGGGGCGCCCUGUGGUUGUGCAGUUUUAAGAGUCUUUGCUACUUGAAGGAGGCAGUCGUCGUUUUGAGAGCAACCAUUCCUCCUCGAUCGGGCCAGGCUUUUAACUUAAUUGUUUUGAGUUUAAUAACCACAUAAAAAAGGUGGCAAUCCUCACAGAAAUACAUAUCUGCUUGGUAGAACUAUAUAUCUGCUUCGUUUGCACAAUAGAAUACAACUAUGUGAUUAAGUGAGAAGUCUGACUUGUGAACAGCAGGCAGUAGCCCGGCCACACGUUAAGAAUGCAGGAGCAGUGAUUAAAUUCAGGUCUGCUGGCUCCAGCUUGAACUCCGCUUUCCCUUUUAAUUUAUCCCCCCCCCCCCCUUUUCAGCUGUUCUGGAAUUCACUUUCUAAUCCGCAAAUACAUGCCUGCUUCAUUCCUUGGCACAGCAAUUACAUAGGUGAAAGGCUAACUUGUUUGGAUUUAAUAAAACUAAAAAAAAAAAAGUACAGGAAGUGUGUUUGUGGGAGCCCAAACAGUUGCUAUGGAAACAUUAGAAUUUUUAGUAAAGUAACACAGGGUUGAUUCACACAAUCUGGUCUCCUGUUGCGGCAUGUUAGUAACUAUUGCUUGCUGCAGGUUUUUUUUUGGUCACAGUUGCUGAUUUGACUUAUUUUGGGGUAUGAGGUUGGGGGGGGGGUUUGGCAUGUGCAGACAGAUAAUGGCUUUGUGUGAUCCACCUGUGGCUCCCUGAUAUGCAGGACGUCAUGUGAUCGGACCAUCACUGUGGUUGAUCAACACAGUGAUUGAUCUUGUGAUGUGAUUCUGGUCACAUGAUAGACUUCCUCUCCAUAAAGAAAUGUAAGUUACAGUUAAUUAUAUAAGGAAAGACAUGAAAAGUGAGCCAGCGUUUACAGUUUGGUAGUAACUGCCAAAACGAUACUGAGCACGCUUUCCUCGCUUUUGGUUGCUUAUUUCAGAUCUUUUAAAUCUUAACCAGUCUGGCAGUAUUUUAGACACUUAAACCAACAUGAGUGUAGAACAUUUACAGAUCCAUUGUGGAGAUAAUGCCUAUGUCUCCUUCUAAAGCAGAGACAAAACCAGUACCACCAGUGACCUGUAACAUAGCACACGAAAAGGCAAACAGUAAUAGGUACAGUACACAUAAUAGAAGGGCCUUGUCUUGUAUUGUUCAUUGACAAUAUCCGUGAUGCUUAACUAAGAUUAUAAAACAUAAUACUUGGAACACGGUGAGAGGGUGUAGCAGUGUUUUCCACUUUACAAAAUAGAAAUGUGUUUUUCCUGCAUUGUAACGGGAUUUGAACUGCGUGAAACAAUUAUGGAAAGAAUACUUAGUUUUGCUUUCUUGGAAAAACAGGAUGUGCAGAGCACUUCCUCUGCACAUUGUGAACUGGAUGCCUUCAGAAAAGGGGAAAAAGUUGAGGCUCUGCUGCAUAUGGAAGCAGUAGAAACAUGAGAUGCAGUUUCUUCCCAUAGUAUAGUAUGAUUUAACUUGUUGCUGCUAUCGGUUUGUGAUGGAAUGCUGCUUCAGAUACUUCUUUCUAAAGGUUGAGAUCCAAUGCCUCAUUGAAAUCAGUGGAACAUCCCACUUUCAUAUGCCCAGAGCUGUGUCAGAGUUUGUUCCUUAUGGUGUAUUUUCACCGAGCUGCACUAUAUGUCCAAAUAACUGCACCCACAUGUGUUACUAUGGUCAUGUAGACAUUUUCCAUUCAUUGUUGUCCUUCAGCCUCAUGGAGUGUCUGUGUGCAUUAUUUGGAAGACCUGUGUGAAUAAGCUCAGUCAUGUGGUUUCAGUACAGUCAUACCUUGGAAGUCAAACGGAAUCUUUUCCGGAAGUUUGUUUGACUUCCAAAACGUUGGGAAACCCAAUCGCAGCUUCUGAUUGGCUGCAGGAAGCUCCUGCAGCCAAUCAGAAGCCCCGUCAGACGUUCGGGUUCCAAAGAAUGUUUGCAAACCAGAAAAGUCACUUCUGGGUUUGUGGCAUUCGGGAGUCAAAACGUCCGAGUACCAAGGCGUUCGGGAUACAAGGUACGACUGUAUUCACCUAUAUUUCUUUACUGUAACCUGCCCUCCCCCCCCCCCAAAAAGUAUAAUGUUUUGUUACUGAGUGGUAUCUAAAUAUUCUAAAUAAAUCCCAUUGGGAAUGUAUCACGAGGAAGCACUUUGCUCUGUUUGAUACCCAGUGUUUGGGGAGGAAUAAGUGAAGAUUGUCAGGCUUGCAAGAUGGUCUCUCUUUCCUUCAGAACUCAUUUUCCUGGCAUGUGCUAAAGAUUGUGGUGAGAUCCAUCCAGGGCCUAUUGCAAAACUGUAUCGGCAAAACGGUUUAUUUUACCCACAGUCUACUGGUCUCUUAUCCUUGGUGUCAACACGCAUUUAUGGUAUAUCUGUACAUCUCUCCAAUAAUUGCAGAGAGAGGGAGAGAAGGGGGCUUUCGACUGUGGACUUACUGUACACUAUCAGUAGCUCAGCCUCAUUCCCUGUCCACUGGUUAUCUUGAUGUACACACUUGCUCCUAGAUUCUUUGAGAGCUUUGAUCUCCCACUGGAGUUGCUAUGAGUUUGGAAUCUGAGGACUUUGCCCAUUUGUUCGUGAUGAGAGAAAUUUGUGAGAAGGAAACAGCUUUGUUAUAAACUGUAUAUGGGGUUUCAGAAUGAGAGACGACCACAUUUAAUAGACUAAGUUGCAGACAGCUGUCCCAGUAGAACCAGGAGCUGUUUCAUGGGGCCAUAGCUGGGGUAGCUGUGGAUAUAUUAUUAAAGGUAGUUGUUCAGCAGUCUUCAUAGAAAUAUGUAUCCGCUUGGUUCGCCUAAUAAGUUAUAACAGAAUACAACUAUGCAUAUAAAAAUACGAUCCUGAGCAUCAAGUUCUGUGCAACCUUGGACAGCUCAGGUGAUGGUUGGGCAGCACGAACAAAACCCCCAGCCUGUUCUUAGAACAUAGAGAACAAACAUUUGAACAAACAGUUAUUGGGGAUGAAGUUCCACUUAACUUAGGGGCACUGACUUGAAGAAAAAUAUACAUCAUGGUAUGGGGGGUUGGACUGCAUGUCAGACUUUCUUUCUGGCUUCAACUUGUGAGGAAUAAAUGGUAUUAGAACCAGGAAAGGGAGUGGGAUGACUGGAAGGGAUGCAUUCAUUUCCUUUCUUGUAGUAACCGGGAUGCAAAAAAGUAUUGGAAAGCCCAGAGCUCCAAGCAUUGCUACUUUGCUGAAAUUAUUGGAGCUGAGUUCAGUUGCCUGGAUGUAGGAAUGACAGUGGUGGUGACGAUGACUGAUGAUACUAGAAAUGCUGAUUAUAACCAAUGUGUGUAAUCCUGUUAAAACAUCGAAUCCCUCUUGAGUAAUCAGAGUGUUGCACACCCACUGUCUUGAAAAUAGUAUUAUCCCCAAAUUGCUGGUUGUGGGGGAGAAAGAGAGAGAGAGAGAGAGAGAGAGAGAGAGAAAGAAAGAAAGAAAGAAAGAAAGAAAGAAAGAGAGGGUCUUCCCUAAGGUCACCUGGUGAGCUCAAGGCGAGGAUUUCAAGCCCUAAGAAGGUUGCAAACUGAAUUUUGACAGUGGAAUAAUUAGAGGAAGGAGGAGUGAGGAUAGCAGGGAUGAACCUCCUUAAUCACUUUUAACUUCUAUCUUUAGAUCAGUCUGAAACCCUAUUGGGAAGGCUUCUCCAGAUGUUUUGGACUACAACUUCCAUCAUCUCUGACAGCGGGAGUUGUCAUCCACAACAACUUAAUAGCAUCAGGCUGCAGAAAUGCUGCUGUAGGGACUCUCAUAUUGCUUGCUGAACACCACCACUAAUGAUAGACACCCUGCAAGGAACUAUUUACAGUACUUGGGCCAUGUAACAAUUUAUUUCUGAGCACGUAGAUGUGCAUUGCAGUUCAUAUUUUUGAUGGGAGCAGUUACCAGAACAGGCUGUCUUGCAUCAAUAGUUAAUGCAUUCAUGGAAGCAAUUCCAAGACUGUGGAAGACUAAUCCCAUGUGGUUUCUACAACUCCAUGUUGCUCUUGACUCCAGGCCCAUGCUGACAGAUGGGAGUACCUUCACUAGUGACUGCCUCCCUAUGGGGAUAGCCUGGUAGAUGGCAUGUGUGCUAUGUGUGCUGUCUCAAGGCAUCUGUUAUCCAUGGAAAGUGUUGGGUUCCUCUACAUGUCUUUCCCUUCUCACUGACAUGCAUUCACUGUUAUGAUUGUGCAUUGUUGCAAAGUACCAGUUGACUUUGCCAAAAAGCUGCUCAAGCUGUCUCUGCUUUUCGAUGCUGAAAGUGUCUUUGAAAUUUUGGAAAGCUGAUCACGUACCCCAAGCAAUGAGAUUCCCUUUCUGGCCAAUAUGCAGUCAGAACAAGUGAAUGCAUAAAAAGUGCUGCAUAAAAAGCAUAAAAGUGUUGCCUUAGUCUUAUCAAAUCUUAUGGCAGUAUUGCAUCUAAAUAGUGCUAAACAAAAAGCCUUCUCUGUUGUUUCAGUGAUUAUAUUUCUGUUUCAACCCUAUUCUAGUGAUCAAAGACAAAUCCCAAUGGUCUUCCCAGUAGCACAGUCCACUUGCAGUUCUUCAGUGGGAAUAUGCAGAAAGAAUUAAAUGUUGAGGACCAUAGUAUUAACUUGACAGUCCUGAUGAAAAUUGUUGAGCUGUCAUGUCAACAGCAGCAGUGAUCUCCUUUCUGGAAUGUUGUUCAAAACCAAUUCUUCAUAGUGCAUGGAGCAAUGCUACUCAUGUUAAAAUGUGUAGGAAAGGACUUGCUCUCCCUGUGUGCUGCCAGGUGUGUGACAAAUGAGCAUAAAUUCAUAUGAUUGUUGAAUCACUUACUAUAUGUGAUAGUCUGGGUAUAGGAGCAAGAAAAACUAAUGUGAUCAAUGACUGAAAUAUUUCAGCAAUAGUAGUUGUUUGGUGGUUGUAAUUUUUAUUUAAAACCUUGUAAGAAAAAGGUUUAAAAAUGAGUAUCUUGUAUGUUUAACAAAACUAGCACCACAAAAAUCAGCUGCGUGUGACUGGGUAAUAAGGUUAGGCAGUGACAGUGGUAUGUUUUCUUGAUCAUUCAAGCAAGUCCCUCCAAUGCCUUUUUUGCAUCUGAAGGAUGCUUAAUAAAGCUGUGCUGUGUACCACAGAAUGAGUCCCAGUCCAUUAGUCUUUUGGCUGCUUUCAGUUGACACAUCGGCUUUUCAGCAAAAGCAAGUGUCCAAACCAAUUCAUACUAGGUUUCUAAUGACAAUCCUCCCAGAAAUUUCCAGCACCUCACUGCCACCAGGACACCUUUAUAUUUAUUGCAAAUUGUUAUUUGAAUCCUGGUAACCAUCUAAUAAAGGUUAUGCAGCCAAAAUUCAUUGUGUCAUAUUCCCAAAUAAUACAGUCAUACCUCCGCUUACCUCUUUGGUUACAUAAACUUCAGGAUACGUAAGCGGCAAACCCGGAAGUAUAUAUCCGUUUUUUUGCUGCGCGCGCAUGCACAGAAGCGGUCUCUCCGGUUGCAAAAACCUCAGGAUCCGGCUGGACCUCCGGACGGAUCCCGUCUGCAAACGGAGGUAACACUGUACUCAGCUCUUCUAGGGACAUUAUGGUUACAUCUGAUUUUGUAAACUUUAGAAAUAAGUCCCUGGAGAGACUCUGGUGCAUUUACCAGCAGGUGCUCCAAUGGGGCAAGGUCCCUGGGUGCUUUUUAUUGUCUGCACCAUCCAAUACUUUCUGUGUUACUAGAUCAUCUUCAGGGUUUCUGUUCAGUGGGUAAAAGCAGUUCAACUUUCUAAUAACUCAUUAUGUGCCUCAACACCCCCUUUGCCCCUCCACAUUUAUAUUAGCAGUAUCAUCAAUAUCAAGUGAUCAGCAUGACAAACACCAUUUUCAUUGCUAUUUAUAAUAGCAUAAUCAAUACUACUGUUCAUAUGCCUGCACGUGCAUGAAGGUAAGGUGCGGGUGGGAGUGGCAAUGCAGUGGCAAGACCUGUUCCGUAGCCCUAUGUACACUCAUUGUCUGCACUUUUCUAUGCACAUAUAGGUGGUAUGUGUGGUGGGGAACCCUGCAGAAAAAAAGUUGCUAACACCAAAGUGAGUGUUGCUCUGUCUUAAAAGGCUUUUACAUCUCUGUCCUCAAACACUGGCGUGAAAGGGUGAAUUGUCAGGCAAACAGUAGAACUGAGCUUUCACAAUGUGCUGGCUAGCAUGUAAAUUAAGCAGGAAGAGCUGCACGUAUUUGUGGGCUUCGUAGGGAUUGGAGGCAAAAAGACUAGAGAACAUGGGGUCUGUUUGGUGAGUAUAAAUGUUUCCUCUUGGGCGGGCAGUGGGGGAGGAAGAGCCUUGUGCUGAAAGUAAGGUAGUACGCUAGGGUGCAAAAGUAGUAUAUUGUGGAAGAACUGCUAGUGUGCCAGGAGAAAUUAAUUAAUUAAAUGUUCCUGUGAACAGAAAGCGCCAGCUUAUAAAGGAGGCAGCCCAUUCCACCUCUGCUUGUGUCUUUCUCUGAUUUUCCUACUUCCCAGUUACUCUUAUCAGGUUUAAUUCUGUUGUAUCUCUGUAUGAUCCAAGGAUGAAAGCUGAAGGGUUUGCUGUUUGUGAAGUGGCAGGGCUUUAAAACAAGCAGGCCUGUUAUACAUCAGAGGCAUAUAAACAGAGCACAGAAUGUUAAUAUCCAAAUUGCUGAUUUUAAAUAAGCCAGCCGUGCUGCUAGGGAGCUUGGGUCAUGGAGAAACAUUUUGUUUGUUGGUUUUAAUGGAAUUCCAAAUGUGAUUUCAAAGUGGACAUACUUGCAUCCAUGAAAGUGCUGUGGAAUACUCAGGUUGGUGGUGGAGGCUGAAAUGUGAAGCAGGAAAUUGAACAUACCGGUAAGUUCUGAAGUUUUUAAAACAUUGUGACUGUGGAAAGAGAGAGCAGGGUGAAGAAGCAGUUGUUAGCCAGUUGCCAACAAUCUUUCAACCUUCUAUACUGCUCUACUCUAGGCAUGUCAAACUCAAAUGGGUUCAGGGGGUCCAACGCUUCUCUGAGCAGAUGCAUUGGGUCCACCCCAAUAAUAUUGUUGCCACGACCACCCUGGUUUCGACUGGCCAUUCAGCUCCAGUGUGCUACCCCAACAUUUGUGCCACUAUGCUCCUUGUCUUCCAGUUACCUUUCAUUUCUCCAAGCACCUGAGCAGUCCUUGUUCCCACCAUAUAAACCAGGGUGGAAAGCUUUUCUUUCUGUAGAAUAGGAGUGGGGUUCCAUGACUUGAGUCUAGCAAAGUUGUCCAAUUAGCACAAGGACUUCCCCCACCCCGGCACCCCCCAGUCUGUUCCAAGGGAACCAACCCUCUGGUGCAGGAGUGGAAAUCCUGUUUUGCUGGUGGAAGUCCUUUUGCUCACAGGACAACAUUUUUUGAUAUGACCCCUCAGGCCUAGGACUGAAUGUAGCCCUCUGAGUGUUGUCUUUAUUGUCUUUACUUUGGGGUACUUUCUAGGCCAUGAUAUCUCUCUGUGCCACCCCCCCAUUGCUACUUCCCCUCCUCAAGUAACUUAAUUGCUUUGAUGUAGAGGUGUGAGGGUUUAUCAUCAUUUCUUAUCACUUGCCAUCAUUUCUUAUUGGUUAGGAGGGAGAGAGCAAAGCUGUUAAGUCUUCACCUUUUGUUCACCAGUAUAUUGCCUUAUCACUUACCACGAUGUUAUUUCAAUACCGGGAUACGGCGAUUUAUUGCACAGCACUGCUUCCUACAACAACCACUUCAGUCCGACAUCCUGAACAUUCCCAUCACCCAUGUUUCUUUUCCCAGGAGCAAAGGGAAUUGCUGCCUCUGAAAUUCACAUCAAUUUUGACUUGGUAGCCUAUGGUAUCCUGGCAUAUUCCAAGUACCGUAUUGGUUGACCGCUGUGCAGCUAAUUUAAAUGGAAGUGGGGAAGAAACUGGUGUUGAGGUGUGUGGUAGCAGUCGCUGGAAGGUAAAGCUCUCUUUCCCCAGCUAAGGAGAAGCCCUGAUGGUGUGAAGUCUGUUAACUGUCAUGGGCUAUCCUGGAGAUCCCAAGUAAGGACACAGGCCUCAGGCCUCCUUUAGAAUUACUGAGGAAGACAGCUGUGCAGUUAGGAGCAAUAUGGAUUCUUAAUGCCUCAGAACAUGAGGGGCUAAGAAAGGGUUUAGCCUCUGCUAUAAUAACUGGCCCAGCGAUACAUCUACUUUCCCCCCAACAUAAGUAGGUAACUGUCAUUCAUUCCUAUAUAGAAGACUAAAGUACUGUAUUUUGGGAAAGAACCAGAGGCUUAUUUGGAUGGGUGGAUGGAGGCGAGUGCCACAGGAAUAUUUCUCUCUCUGUGUUUGUGUGUAUAUACACACACUGUAUUUUUCUGUGUAUAAGACGCCCCCUAUUUUUGGGGACUCCAAAUUAAGAAAACACCCCUCAGCACUACCUGUGUAUAAGACGAGCCCCAAUUUUAAACAUAAUUUUUUGGUAAAAACUAGUCUUAUACACUGAAAAAUAUGUUGUGUGUGUGUGUGUGUGUGAGUGAGAGAGAGAGAGAAUGAAGAGGAGGAUAGGAAAGCUAGAAUGAAGAGGUGCCUGAAAGGGAUAGAGAGUACUAGAAAGGGAUGAGGCAAGAUACUGGAACCUUCCUUUCACCUCAGCCUCCUUCCUGGUAUUUCAUGGGCCUCCCCCCCCCCCCAAACAAUAUAUACUGGUGGUGAUAAAAACAGAGCUACAGUAAGGUUUGCAGAAAUAUAUCUGGAACAGCAAGAAGGAUUCUACAAAAUGUUUUCAAAGGAAUCUCGAGCUCGAUUUAACCUAUAUGUUGGGUGUGUAAGGCAAACUUUAUUGCAGCAUUCUGUUCACCAGCACUUUUUGUGAACUGUGUUGCCUUUCCUUGUGCAUACACUGCUACCACACCAGAGGUCUGUGGCUUGCAUGUGCAGGGCCUGAUGGCCUAGUUUAAAUGUGAAGCUGGUGUAUGGAACACUCCAUGGCUGAAUUCUGUCUUGCCCAGUGUUAUGUUUAAAUUGGGCCUCUCUCUUUAGGAAAUGGUUCGGGCCCUUUGCGAAAGUAUUUGCAUACAGCUGUAUUGGCAGUGCUGUGUUUUGUUUUGUCUUUUUGUUUAGAGGGGAAACUGGUUUGGCAAGAUUAUUUUGUUUGUUUCCAUUGCCUUUAGAUCUAUAACCUGCCUUUUUUACAUUAAGGAAAUACAUUAACUCUGAGUAACUUUAUGCAUUUUAAAUUAAACAAGAGUUUUGGGUCUUUUAUGUAAGGCCCAGUUCAUAAGACCAUGAAAUUACACAGAAAGGACACAUGGACUAAUUUUUAUGGCAUAUAGUGAGGUGGCUGUGCAUUUUGUUUUACUGCGUAACUAAGUCCUGAUUUCCAUUGCGCAUUGACAGUUGUUUGUGCCCACAUAAUAGAUGUACAUCUAUUGAAACAUUAGGAACUGGACAUGUAGUGAAAAAGACUCAUUCUGUACACCUACAUUCAUUCCUUUUAAGGUAAUAUGAACUGACCUUCAGUCUUGGGCAGAAGGAUUAAUUGGGUUGUUUUGCAUGUUAACUAUAGAGGAUGUAUAAGUGACUCCUGCAGAGAAAAUGUGCAAGUUCCCCUUUGCACAGUGCUUGGAUGCAUGGAAAAAGGAUGUGUGACUCACACUAUUCCUGCGUCUUGGUAAUGUGCAGAAUAGUUUAUACACUUGCCUAUUCUAGGUUUAAUAAAAAGUAUUGGGCUGUGGUUUUUGUGUGUGUGUGUUCAGUAGAUAAAACCACUGUAAUCUGACUGUUGUAGUUUUGAAACCCAAAUGAUCAAUUUCCGUUUGCCUUUCUUAAUUUUUUCAGAAGUGGGUAGGUAUGCAUAUGUCUUACUUGAAAUGUGAAAUGCCCAAGUCUGGGAUCCACAAAUAUUUGUAUCAGUUCAGAAAAAAAAAAUUAUGCAUGCCUCUCUAGCACAUAUUUCACAUAGUUGUGUAGAAGGCAUGUACAGCAUAGCUGAGAUCUUAAAAGGGUGCUCUAGUUACACUUCAAAAUAUAGUGGAGACAGCUGCCAAUGCCAGAUAAAACUAUGAAACUGUGAUACCACAGUCAGUGAGCAUGCCAGUAGUUUUGCAUGAAUUGUUAUUGGGUCAUAUUUUCCCUUAUUUCUUGAGAAUUAAAAAAAAUUCAACUUCCUUUCCCCCCUUGUCUUUAGCAUCAAGCGAUCCCCCCAACCACUUGAGGAAGAUGAAGAUAAGGACCAGCGAACAGUGACCAUCAAUCCUUGUCACAUGGGAAAGGCAUUCAAAGUCAUGAAUGAACUAAGGAGGUACUUCUUGUGCUCAAUUUGCAUUGUCAUGCACUUGCCGCUUGUUAGUUUGAACAGGAGGCAUCUAAGCUACAUAUUUACUUUGUAAAAAAGAGGUUCCGUUCAAGCAUUGCUUUGAAGCAGGGUUGUGUCUCAAAAUACAAAGUUCUGUGUCAUGUCGGUCUCCCAGAUCACACAGGUAGUUCUCACACAAGGAUGGUGCUUUUAUGCUAGUGUGGAAAGUUCUUACGUUAUUCAGCUCAGUCGCUUGAUGCAAAACUUCAUAGGAACAUGAAGAGCCUGCUGGAUCAGGCCAGUGGCCAUCUAUAGUUCAGCAUCCUGUUCUCACAGUGGCCAACCAGAUCCUUGUGGGGGAAACCGCCAAGCAGGAUUUGAACACAAAAACAUUCUCCUCUCUUGUGGUUUCUAGCAACUGGUAUUCAUAAGCAUUGCUGCCUCCAGUGUUACUGAUGUGACGUUAUUGGUGCGAGUGUUGUGAUAUUGAAGUCAGCCACAGGAGGAUAUCAAGCAUAUUAUAAGUCUGAUAUUUGAAAUGGCUUGGAAUUAUUCUACUUUCAGUACAAAUCAAGAUAGCUGACAGGUUAUUCAGUAGAAAGAAGCAAGCAUAGUAUUAUAUGUUUGGAGGCCUUUGCUGCUGCUUCCCUUUACACAAACAUGCUUGUUGCUGCUUUGCUAAAAACAAAAUAUUUGUUUAUAAACCCACUUAAACAUUUUCAAAUGUUCCCACCGUAAAAUAAUCUCUCUUUAAAUAAAAAGAAUGCUUGGUGUGCUUUUUCAUUUGGUGCAAAUCACCACAUAAUCAAGAUCUCCAGAAGAUCAAAGCUAUUUAAAAAGUGAUAAUCUAGUGUUACACGUAUUACAACACCUACGCCUAAUUGCAGAGAAAAAUGGUUAGUGCAAAUUGAUUUCUGUUUGACUACCAAUCCUUGCACACCAGUUAGAAAUUUCAUGUUGGCUAAAAGAGCCUGUUUAGGUUCCUAUGUUAUUCUACUGUUAAGUCUAUUUUGUUUUAAAUACCACAAUUCCUUGUUCAGUCCAUCAUUGGCCCCACAUUUGUCUAUAAAAAUUGGCUCUAGGGUAAACAAUAAUCAUGUAUGUAAUUAAGAUAGGGGUCUGUGUGUCUGAGUUUGUCAUCUUUUCUUGAGCUUAAUCUGAUUACAUAUCUGCCUGCCAUACAUUAUUUAGAGAUGCAGUAAAUAAAUCCAAAAUGUCUCUGUUGUGCCCAGGAUAGAUUAAAGAGUUAUUUGUGGGUCAGAUAUUUAUUCCCUGCUAUCCGAUGAGAUUUAGUUUCUCAUACAUAAAAGUGCUUGACUUUGAUUGGCUCAUAACAGAUUUGUGCAUAUCAACAUGUGCAGCAAAAUCUUAUUGUAUUGCCUAUGAUAUGGUGUAUACUAUAUGCAGAUCCCCUAGGAAACAUAAAUUCAAGGCAGCUAUUUUGGCUGUCUUCCUGCAGCCAAUUGGAAGCUGCGCCUUGGUUUCCGGACAUUUUGGAAGUUGAAUGGACUUCCAGAACGGAUUCCGUUUGACUUCAGUGGUACGACUGUUCUUGAAUUGCAACACAUUCUGACCAUGACAGGACUAUAGCACUCUUCAGAGGUGGCUGUGGAAUUGCUGCAGAUUCUAUAAUGCAUAAAGGCUUGCCGCCAAAUUGCUGGGUAAAAAUUCCUUGAUAAUGAUCCAAAUGGUGGUGUGCUUUUAAGCAUUAUGGCAAUGCUAUCAGAUGAACACAUGGAACAGCAGCUCCCCACAUCAUGUCUGUAAUGUCAAAAGGGGCAUCAGCAUUAUGUGAAGAGUCCUAACCCCCCCCCCCCGUUAUCUUGGAGCUGAUAGCUUCUACUUCUAGUCUGCUGUCACAGAACAGGAGGGGACUGGAGUAAAGUUGCUUAUGUGCCUGAGCACUUGGCUGCCUAAGUUAUGUGGAAUAUGUACUUGGAGUGAUAUAAUAUUAGCUUAUUCCUUUUGUAACUUGAGUGCAGUGGGGGAUAAUGGGGGAGUGUAUGACAGUGCUGCUCUUUGUGGAAACUAAUGGCUUCUCUUGUGCAUGAUGCCCUUUUGAACAUGUAAGACUACAGCUGCCCUUAAGCCUCUGUUGUCUCUUUCCUUGUGUGCUUAUUACCGAUUUAUGCUUUUGGCUCCCUGCUGCUGCUGAGCUGUAGUAGAACUAAAUUGUGGCAUUUGCUUGAAUGCCUUAAAUCUGUUGUUUUUAGCAAAGGCUGAUUUCCAUGGCAAUAUUACGCACAUGGCAAGUCUGGACCAGUGAGAACUUAAUGAUGACUGGGGACAGGCAAGCGGGGGGGGGGGGGAGCAGCACUUUACUCUAUACGUAUCUCUGCUGGGUCAGCCAGUGGCCAUUUCUGUAGGAGGUCAAGCGGCCACAAAUGCAUCGAUUUCAGGCAGAGUCCCUUGCAUUCCUCUCCUCCCCACACUGUAAAGUAUAUAGUGGGUAGGUAUUAUGUCAAUAACAGGUGCUUCCACCUUUCCAUUUAGCUUGGAGUUCCUGGACUGGCUAGUGUCAGUGAUAGCAGCUGUGCUUUCAGCCUUCACUGUCACUGAGGAUGGACUGAGAACAGGUGGCCCUUGUCCAGACAUGGUGACCUUGGUAGCGGAAAGCCAGCAAGAGGCCUCCUUCUUAGCUUAACCUGUGGAGUCCCCUCCUUUCCCUAGCUGUUGUGUAGUGUGCUACACUUGUGUGAUGCAAGAACCCUAGUGGCUGGAGGCUAGCGUGCGCUAUGUGCCUAGGAUGCUAUUUUAGGGGAUCAGUGGGGGGUGUAUGGGGCAUGGGAGGGAGGAGAGUUUCCUUACCCCUUUCUAUUGUGUUGCCUUCUCUUACUAUUCAUUCUCCGUAUCUGCUGCCUCUCCACCUGGGAUAUCCCAGUGGCAAGUCCUUUUUGUGUGUGGCAUCCCCAAGCAGAUAAUGCACAAUUUGAGCUACAGUGGCCUUUGCUGCUGCUGCCCACUAAGUCCCUUUGCAAACCCCUUGUACAGGGAACAUGUGCAAACUAGAAAGGCUGGGAGGGAAAAUAAGUUGCCAACAUCUGCUUCUUGGUAGCCAUCACAAAUGGUCUCUUCCUCCUAGCAGGCCUAUUGGUAGCAGGCAUGGCAGUGUUGGGAAUCAUCUGGUGGGGGGGCACUGGUUCUCUUCUAUUCAUGUGUGGUCUAGCCUCUGUUUUGAGGACAAUGCAGGAGGUUUGAGUUAAGUGUAUGUUCUCUUUGGGGGUAAUUUUUUUUGGAAGGGCUUGAAGAGGGAGGAGACUCAAUGCAAGACUGAUGAGGCUACUGCUGUGUUACCAACUGCUUUGAAUAAAAGACAAAGCCCCUCCAAAGAUGUUUCUUCGUGCUAUUCCCAUUUAUUUAAAAAUUACUUGACAUCCAAUAAUGGAUUACUGGUCUUAAGACACCCACACAUAAUUACAGAGGAAAAAAAACCUUUUGCAUAAGCUGUAGAUAUAAAUAUAUUCAGCUCAGUAUUCAUCAAAAUGGAUGAGGUUUUUUUAAACAGUUCUUUGUAUGUUUGAACACUUGGAUCUUGAAUUCACCCACAUAUUGAAAUAAAUUUGCGAGACUAUAACCUUGAAAUCUAGCUAAAUUGUCAUGUUUGUUAAUUAAAAAUGAACUGAAUAUUCCAGAGGGCUGCCUAUAGAGGCUAUAGCAAGCCCCUCCCCAUCCCCCUUAAUAGUGCUGUAUAGCAGAAGAGUCAUUCAAGGAAACUAGACCAUUUCAAGUCUGCAUAUAGAAAGCACAGUUUGGAAGCACGUUCUGAAACCAUGAUUUUUUGGUGUCUUCACAGCAAGCGGCUUCUCUGUGAUGUGGUGAUUGUUGCUGAAGAUGUUGAGAUCGAAGCCCAUCGUAUUGUCCUGGCAGCCUGCAGUCCGUAUUUCUGUGCAAUGUUUACAGGUAUCUUUGGGCGUUUGAGCAAAUAACUGUUAUUUGCUGAUUAAAAUAUAUUUGGAGUCAAGCUAUGUGUUGGGUGCUAGUGUAGGGUGCAGAUUCUAAGAUGCAGAUUAGUUCUGUUUGGUAUCCAUUAGGGUUUGAGUAUAGGCCUGUGACUGUUUUUAAAGGUGUUUUGUAUGUGGGGCGGGGGGAAGGAAACAUGAGGUUUAUAAUUUACUAUGUGAACAGCCAUUUGUGUGCGUUUCCAGAUAACGUAUCCUGCAUUAGGAGCAUUCAUCCCAGACUUGAUUGUACUGGUGAGGCAUGUCAAAGAUCGGAGUAAGCUCCAUAAUAGAGACCAUUUUCAUGUUAAGGCUGCCAUGGUACCGGGCUCAAGUUUGUAGGUGAGCCUGAGGCUGAGAUUUGAGGGAUAUUUUGUGGGGAUUCAGCCUUUGUGCUGCCACUGAUUCCUGCAAAAACACCACCACCACGUUUACUUUGCCUCCCUUUCUUUGCUUUGUCUCACCCUCUGUAUGUAGCAGCUUUAACAUGUGAACUAGUUCUUAGGAAUUUUGCUACAAGAGAACAAAAGACACUGCAUGGGGAAUAACACAGAUUUCUGAAUGACUGUUUUACAGAAAAUGGUUUGGUAAUUAAUUUAAUUGUGGAAGUAUAUAGCACCAUUAAUAUAUUUUACAUCUGAUAGCUUGCUAUUGAGGUAAGGUGUGGAUUUUCUGCUUUCGCAAUAACUAUUGCAGUUGCAAACCAUAGUUACUUUCCUCCUUGUUUAAGUGGCGAGUGGCAAAAUAGACAUCUGUGUACUCAUCUCAUGUGACAUGCAACAUGUGGGGUCCAUGUAGGGUUUUGAUUUUUAAAAAAAUCAGAACACUUCCAUGUAAGAUGCUUGUCUUGUGAGAAUUGGCCCUUAGAAGUAGCAAGGUGCUUGUUUAAAGUGCAUUUUAAUAGCUGUGCUGAUACUGCUUGUUCAGGUUGACUCUUGCAAAGGUGGAAUGUAGGUGAGGACCUAAAUUAGUGAGCAGUUGGUGGAUCUGGCUCUUUAAGGAUGCCUUCUGGCCCCAGAGUGAAGAUGGAAGAGGUUGGGACCUAAUCCUAAUCAUCACUGGGUCACUUUAAAUUAAGGUGCACCAGUGGCAACCACUUCUGUACUAAUCUUAAUUCAAAACAGCAGGACAGGGGAGGUGAAAGUCAUGUGGUUGCCAUGCUACCAUGCCAUUAUCCCUUUCUGCUUCUUGAUUAACAAUAAACUAAGUUAAAAGAUGCUUAUGUGGUUGCCAAGCAGUGACACAUGUGAUUGCCCCUAGUUCAUCCCUUCUCCCUUUUAAUACUCAUUACGGAAGCCAGUAUGAACUUGUAACAGCAGCCUCUUCACGGUCUUUCUUGGCCUGAGAUGGCAGGAACAGAAGAAAGAUUCUAGUAAUGCAUGUACUUUGUAGCCAGAAGGUUCCAUCCCUGGGAUCUCUAGUUAAAUUAAACAAAUGAAGGAAAAGGCCUUCCUCCUUGCCUGAGACCCUGAAGAGCCAUUGCUAGUCAGAGAAGAAUGCAGUGGGCCAGAUGGGCAAAUUUUCAGACCAUGUAUGAAAGAGCUUUAUUAUGGGUUCAUUUAUUUAUGAAUUCAUAAUCUGUACUUCCAUAACCAAAAUAGCAAAGGGGAAUACUGCAUAUAAAAACAAAAUCAACAGAAAUAUCAAUGAAAAGGCAUAAAUAAAUUCUAACUGGUUAAAAUAAAAGAAAUUCAUGUUGUAGAGGCCUGUCUAAACGAAAGACAUCUAAAGGCAAGGAGGAAUGGUUCCUGCUGAAUCUCUACUGGUAGGCAGUUCCACAGGGCAGGGCCUGCCACCCUAACAGUUCCUUUCCAAUUACCAUACUUCUUCCACCAGUGAAUGAGAUCGAGGAAAACUGUGACCCCCUCAGUUCAGUGUUUGGCCCACAGGCCAGUUCAGUGCUGAUUUAGUUGCUGACUUCAGCUGCAUAAAAUGACAGAAAAGAGGGGAAAUUACACAACAAUUUAAUAAAACCUAGUCUCAAGCUUUCAAGCACAACUGAUCUAAAGUUAGAGAGGUAGUCAGCUAUUGUACGAAUACGUGAAAUACACAAAUAGCUCAAAAGAGCCUUGCCUGACAUCAGCGCUCUCUCUUUCUAUAGCACUUAUAAAGAAGAGCCAGCAAAAAUAAAUGCAGUAUGAGCUCAAACGCCCACCCUCAAGCUGCUCCCUCCAUGGAUGGGGUUGCAGCUUGUGCAAAUAAUAAGAGAUUGCAAAUUUUUCCUCUUGGUAAGAGGACCAAUUGCAGCUCCUCUGUUACAGCCCCAAACAGCUACCUACAUCUAGGACUGUAUAUAUUUCACAACUAAGCAAUCACACCGUAUACAUUGAGUUGGCUUGCAUAUUACACCGAUCCUGGCUGGACUACACUGGCUGCCAAUUAGUUUCUGGGCCCAAUUCAAAGUGAUAGUUUUGACCUAUAAAGCCUCAAAUGGCUCAGGACCGCAAUACUUCAAGGACCGCCAAACCCCUCAUAAAUCAAUCCAGACCCUGUGAUAAUCAUGUGAGGUCUUUCUAUGUGUGCCUCCUCCACGAGAGAUACGGGUAUUUCAAUCUUUCAAUAAAAAAACAAACAAACAAAAACACUUGGUAUUUUGCAACAUGAAAAAGCAGGGGAUGGUAUUUCUUAAAACAGACAUGGCAAACCUUUGGACCUCCAGAGCUUGUUGGACUUCAACUCCCAUCAUACCCAGCCAGCAUGGCCAGUGGUCAGUGAUGGAAAUUGUAGUGCAACAACAUCUGGAGGGCCACAGUUUCUCCAUCACUACCUCAGAAGAUGACUCCAGCCAUAGAACACUGCAGGUUUGAGGAGUGCCUUCCCUCCUCAAAUGUCAAUUGCCCUGGAUCACUAGUGCAGGUGACCAUCCGACCAUGUCGGCAAAUGUAGGGAAUCCUUACCACUUGGUUAAGACAGGAGUAGAAUUGUGAAGCUUGACAAUAUCAUGCUAGUAGAACUUGUAAUAGAAAGCUAUUAAUUGAAUUUGCAACUUCCAUCAUAAUAACUUCUAUUGUUUCGCACACAUGACAAAGAGAAAAGCAAUUCAAAAGUACAUACAUUUGGUACAACUUGCAGUGGACACCAGAUAUUCUGGCCUGUCCCUUAUACAGACCUCCCAUUUGAAGGCUAUGUCACUGAGUACAGACAUGGACGUACUUUCCAAUGGAACGUACUGCUGCAAAAUAAAUGCAUGGAAUCUUAAGAUACAUGCAAGUUACCAAUUCCUUUCUUUUGUAGACAGGUUUACUUCAAAGGAAGAGCAAUCCUAUUGAGUGAGUAUAACGAUAGUAGCCUGUUGGCUUCUGUUCCUUUUAAGAAUGUAGAAAAGGGAACAAAGAAUAUUUCUGUCUUUCUUCAUGGAAGAGUAUCAAACAGGGCCAGCUGCUUUAAAACAUACUGUUAAAAAAAGAAAAGAAUAUUGGCUUUUCAAUUGUAUGAACUGUAGCUAUCUGUUCUCAAAGCUGUGCAGCAGAGAUGCCUUAACUUGCAAAUCAGAUAUUUAAAAGUAAUUUUGAAAGUGGGAAUCAUAAACUUGGUAGUAUUUCUUAGAUAUCUAGAAAUGGGAUCACUGUUUAGAAUGUGCUAAAAGUCUUUUUGUUUUUGUUAAGACGGAUAGGUAGAAAUUUCUCCAUGUGCUCAGUUGAACCUAAGGGGGUGGGGUGGGGGAAAUAGAAACACAAACCACAUUUUUGGGGGGGAAUUAUUUUUAAAAUUGAAUUUCAGGAGAUAUGACUGAAAGCAAAGCAAAGAAGAUCGAGAUCAAAGAUGUUGAUGGACUAACCUUAAGUAAGCUGAUUGAUUACAUCUACACCGCUGAGAUAGAGGUCACAGAAGAAAAUGUUCAGGUGAGGAGAUCUUAAAGGUGUCUUUUUAGUGGUGGCUCCCUUCCUGGGGAGAUCGAUAAAUUGAAUUUAAAAAAAUUAUUUUCCAAGGCUUACCAUGAGUGAUUUUCUGCCUUUUCUUGUACAUAGUUUUUAUGAUGAACUUGCUUUAGUGUUUUACUUAUGUAAGUUGCCUUCAUAAUUUUUCAUUUUUAAAGCUGAGAUUAAAAUGAUUCCAAUAAUAAAAGAUUACCUAGGAAUUGAAGUUAGAGAUCUUUCAGGAUGUGCCUGGAAAUCAGGUCAUAUCAGCAUCAUUACAACCAUUAUGUUCAGCAAUAGAAUUCUGCAAUGUUUCUUUAUAAAAUUAAAUUAAGUUCUACACAUCUUCCCUAAAGAGGGCAUCUUCUGGGCAGUCACAUUGUAACUGAAUGGCAAAUUUGAUGUUUAAGGUAGCUUUCUACACACAUUUAGGAGUAAGUCUAUAAGGAGUAAGUCUAUGUGGGAAAUACUGUGAUUACACUGGUAAUAAUUUUUUCUCCAUUCUCCAGCUGUCUGCUUAGAUUUAGUAUUCUAGGGGCAAAAGUAUUGUGCAUUUAAAAGAUUUUGUACAGCAUUGGUGUAAAAUCAGGAAUCAGUAAUGUUACACUACUGCAAUUGUAGAGUGAGAGAGAAUUUAAGAGCUUAUAUUCAUGGUUUGGGAUGUGGGUGGCGCUGUGGUAUAAACCACUGAGCAUUGGGCUUGCCGAUCGGAAGGUCGGCGGUUCGAAUCCCUGCGACAGGGUGAGCUCCUGUUGUUCGGUCCCAGCUCCUGCCCACCUAGCAGUUCGAAAGCACGUCAAGUCAAGUGCAAGUAGAUAGGUACCGCUUCGGCGGUAAACGGCAUUUCCGUGCGCUGCUCUGGUUCGCCAAAAGUGGCUUGGUCAUUCUGGCCACAUGACCUGGAAGCUGUCUGCAGACAAAAGCCGGCUCCCUCGGCCUAUAGAGCGAGAUGAGCGCCACAACCCCAGAGUCGUCUGCGACUGGACCUAAUAGUCAGGGGUACUUUUAUCAGAAGAUUUUACAUUGGGGUAGCCAACUUGUUGCCCUACAGAUGCUGUGGUCUACAAUUCCCAGCAGCCGGCUUAGCCAGUAGUCGGGGUGGUAGGAGUUGUAGUCUGAAGCAUUUGGGAAGCACCAUGUUGGCUGCCCUAUCUUCACUUAACCCUCAGAGCCUUUGAGUUUUUGGAACAUAUUAACCAAAGCUUAGUAAGAGAGCAUGUGCUUUGCAUGCAGAAGAUUCCAGAUGCAAUCCAUGGCAUCUCAGGGAGAGCUGGGAGAGACCCUUGCGUGAAACCUUGGAGAUGCAUCCACUGCUGGUCAGUGUAGACAUUACUGAGCUACAUGGACCAAUGGUCUGACUUGGGGCAAGGCAGCUUCUCAUGUUCCUUGGUGGGUUAUAAGAAGAUCAUGUAGAUCAUGACAAUCACUUAGGUACAAGUUAAGCACCCUGGGUCAAAGCACUUUAACUUAAAUCAAUGCCAGUCUUCUGUGUUUUGAUAAUUUGGAUUUGGCUUUUGAAAAGUGAUAUGGCUGAAUGCUUUACUGAUAUAAUUGUUGAAGGUCCUGAACUCUGUUUUAAUGGACAGGCCUGCUGCUGAAAGAUCAUGUGGAUUCACAAGUAAUGCGCUUAGAUAUUUGCACCAUAGGAUAAUGCUGGUUCCUGUCUUUGAGUAUUUUUAGUGGAAGCAUUGCAGGCCAGCGCCAUAUUGUCCCAGUGGGUCCCUGCUCUGCUAUUUAACACAAGUAUUCACAACCCAGUUUAAUUUCUGUCAUGGCUGAAUAAUUGUAUCAAGUGCUGUAGAGCAGCAGUCAUUUGGCUCCAGACAUUUAUGUAACAAUUUAGAAUGUUUGAAGAAUUUCACAUUCAGUAUAUAAGCAAUCUGUGGAAUUUUAAAAGUUAAUUAUUACUGUUCUUACAUGGGGUGGGGGGUGGGGAAUGGCAAAGCCGAAGGGCAAUGGUCUUGUUCAGACAUCACAACCAAGGAUGUUGGCACCAUUCCUUGUGCGCUCACACAUUCCUUCUCUUUGUUUGGUUCUCAGUAAGUAGUUUGCCAUUUUAUCAGAAUAUAAGGCAAACUAUGGUUAUCGUAGUAUGCCAUAGUUUUAAUACAAACCAGAAUCCCAGUCUGAUCUUUGGUUUCCAGUUCUUGUUUGGAUGCAAACUGUGGUUUGUAGUUAACCAUAGUUUAUCUGAUUUGUAUGCCAUGGAAUAUUAUAGUUGUUAUAUGCUUGUUUGAAAGCCCUUUAAAUCAUAGGGUAGCUUCCGGCUCUACAAUUCUAUCUGUUCCAACCCCCUGCAAUGCAGGCCGUUUAGUGUUUAAAGGUCUCAAAGUGGCCUGCAAUAUAAAAACAUUAACACUAUAUGAUAAAAACAGAUAAAAACAGGUGUUCAGUAAUAACAGGGUCCAGUGUUGUGGACAGGGAAGACCUGGUUUGAGACAUAGUUCUCACAAACUGGGAAGUGAGGAAGGGAAUUGGAAUGCACAAGAACAGGAGGGUAAGUAUGAGCCGGAACUGCUGCCCUGGUAGGCUAUCUAGGCCAGGCUUCCUCAACCUCGGUCCUCCAGAUGUUUUUGGCCUACAACUCCCACGAUCCCUAGCUAGUAGGACCAGUGGUCAGGGAUGAUGGGAAUUGUAGUCUCAAAACAUCUGGAGGGCCGAGGUUGAGGAAGCCUGAUCUAGGCCAUCUUUGUAGCAAGAAACGGGGUUAUGUGGUUCACAGAUAAUUAGCAUAGAUGUGAAUUUGCCCUUUACUUGGAACUGUUGUUCUAAAACUACACUGAAACUUGAAACUUUUAUCAUAUUAGUGGAAUUCCAAUACACCGAAGCAGUUCUAGGAAAUUGCUGGAAAAAAGAAACAGUUGUUAUUAGUUUCCUUUUGCUAAUUUAAGUUAAUCUGUGCUAGGAAUCAAAAGUGUUUGAGAGCCAGAGAACAUAGCUUAAUUAAUUUCUGUGUUUUAUUGUUGCCUGUUGGGGGUUAGCAUUCUCUGAAAAAGUUACUGAUUUGUAAUAUUCCUGUGUGAUCCAGCUGGGUUGGAUUUUUCUUGCUGGAAUAGUACAGUGAAUGCACCCCAGGGCACGUUGCAGUUUUACUACUGUUCUUUUGGGAUGAAGUGAGUUGAGGCAGUGGAUGAACACAGUUUUCUUCUUGCCAACACAGUGUAAUGGCAAGGUAAGUCUUUAACGAUAUUUGUCAUGCUUUUCUAGAUCAUUCCUUGGAGACCUGCUUAUGAGUUUGCUUGAUUCCAACAGAGUAAAUGCAUAUUUAGCAGUGAGGGAAAGAGUGACAUUAAUACUGUUUAGCUUUUAAAAGGGCCUUGCCUUUUAAAAAAUGGCUUUUUCAUUGCUAGAGCUGGUGAGGAGUCUUCCUGGCAGAUAAACAAAUGUAAGUGCCCCAGGCCAUCUUCUCAAUCUGCCUUCAUUCAGUACUGUAGAUAUCAUUGACAUCACCAGAAUGUCACAUACAGAUAUGAUUCUUUCAGCAGUAUGAGCCCUUUGGAUAUACUAACAGUUUGCUGCCUGUAAUGGAAAAUGAUUCACGGUGAAGUUGGACAGCAGGUGCUGAUGUACCAGUGCCGUUCAUAAAGAAGUGUGUUUUUUUGUGGAGAUGUAAAGUUUCUAUGAUGACUGGCCUCUUUGACCUUGAGGACCACAUUCUUUGUAUUCAAGAUUUAUCCAAGAAGGCAAAGUAUAGUUGCUCAUUCUCUGCCAUUUUUUCCUCUGCCUUUCAGGUUUUGUUACCAGCAGCUAGCCUAUUGCAGCUAAUGGAUGUUCGACAAAACUGUUGUGACUUUCUUCAAUCUCAGCUCCAUCCCACGAAUUGCCUUGGUAUUCGCGCCUUUGCAGAUGUGCAUACUUGCACUGAACUGUUGCAACAGGCCAACGCCUAUGCAGGUGAUCAAACACGCCUCCAAGUUGUCUCUUGUUUUGAAAUAUUGAUGCCUGGAGGACAAUUUCCUGCUUGCUUCCUCAUAAGCAAAGAAUGAGGGAGGAGGCAGAGAAGCAGAUGAUUGAAUCUACUUAAAAGGGUAGAAAUACUUAGAAUUUUUGUCAUUUUCAAAAUCAGCUGCUGGUUCCAGUUUUGUACUGAGAUGCAAUGACAUUUUCUAUGUUACUAAAGCCAUAGUUUGAUGUACCUGCUCAUCCUGGACUUUAUACUGCCUUUGGUAGCAUCCAGGAUAGAUACAGGAGGACUGCACCAGCAAUGUUAUGUGUCCCCUACCCUCUAUUAUUUGGAAAUGUUAGUGAUUUUCAAAAUAUGAAUCGGAUCUAUGCCCAGGGGGCAGGACAGAAAUACAGAGCCCAGGAACAUCUUUUGGCUGUCUGUUAAAUUUUUGAUAGUCUUCAGAUAAAGUGUUUCCAACACAUAGGCUUAAAAUUCCUUACAGUGAAGCAGGCUCUUGCUCUCUGAGACGUUAGACCUACUUUCAGUUAGCCGCCUUCACAGUGACAUUUGCAGUUGUGCUUAGAAACACAGUGAUUAGAAAAUGGCAGGUGUUAAAUAAGAUAGCCACUUAAUGCAGCACCAGAAAUAGAUGAAAUGAGUAACUGCAAAAGAGGGCACAGGAGAACACAGUCAUUUAAAAUUUUCAUAUGCUAAUGUAUAUGUACAGAUGCAAAUUUAGAAAUAAUUACUAUAAUUUAAAUAGAAAUACAGUGUAUUUCUUCAUAACGAGGAAGAUGGUGACAAAUGCAUCCAGGCACCAACAAUUGAUGGGCAACUUCAAGGUCUCACCAUUCUCUUUUAUUUAAAUCAGACUUGGACCAGACCAUCCUUCAAAUAAAGGACUGUCCUCUGACAACCCUUCAGAUAUAGGACAGGCCUCUAGGAAGUAGUACAAAUAUGGCCAUCCUAGAAUCAAAUUACUUGCAAAUGCAGAUGAAACCUUUUCAGUCACUUGCUUGCAGCAUAAUAAGCAAAGGAAAAACUGGUGUCUGGGACAAAUGGCUCACUUUUCAAGGUUUGAUUUUUAGAAUUGUUUAAUCUUUAACCAGGCAAGUAUUGCGUUCAGUUUAGAUCUGGCUGUUAGGUAAUUAUAAGAGCUGCUUUUGUUGUUUUAUUGGACUUCAUGAACCCUUUUACUUCAGAAUCCUAUGUAAUGUUAAUGAAAAGUCAUUCAAAAAAUGCUAUCCAAGUUCUUUGGCUAUACAUUAACUGGGUCAAACAAAAUAUCUGCAUGUUAAAAGUGAGUAAGAGGGAGCAGAUGAGGUCACUUACUAGAAAAAAAAAUCGCCUUUGAAAAAGUGACUUAAAGCAAAUGACAUGGGCCUGCUAAGUGUAAGUUUCUGCCUUUGCAAAAUUAUUAUCGCACUCCUACAUUUCUACCCUAAAGGGUGGCCUGUAGACCAGUGUAUUGUGCAUAGUUUGGCUGAGAUUUGUUUCUGCAAGGGCCACCUGCUGGCAAAUACAGGGAUGACAUUUCAAUAGCUAAUAGAGAACUCCUCCUCUGUAGCAGGCAGCUUCCCAGGCUAUUACAGGCAACUCUGAUUGCUUCUGCCCAUAGGAAAGCUGCUUUAUACUGAGCCAGGGCUGCUGGUCCAUAUAACAGAAUUGCAAACACUUAUGACAGCAGUGUUUCAGACAGGAGUGACCUUUGGCAAGCAAUGUAUGUGCGCUACCCCAAGGUAUGGGCUUGUUGUUUUUGAAUACGGAGAUUCAUGUGCACAACAGCAGACUGUGCUUGGCACUGUGGCUGUGGAGUUGUCCCUCUUUCCUUGCUUGUGGUAAUUCUGUGCAGGCUAUGUCAUUCUUCUUCUUCUUCUUAUUAUUAUUUCACAACAUAAAAUUGCAAUAUAAUUUACUGCUUCUACUAGUCCCUUCUUUAGACUCAUUGUAACCUUCAUUUUCUCAACUUUUGGUUGUUUUGAACAGAGCAGCAUUUUCCUGAGGUGAUGCUUGGUGAAGAAUUCCUUAGCCUUAGCCUAGACCAAGUUUGCAGUUUGAUAUCAAGUGACAAGCUAACCGUUUCAUCAGAAGAAAAGGUUUGGCCUGCUGCACAGUCUGUAAUGCAGAAAUAUAACAAUAUUGCAGUGUUUUCAGCAAAAGAAUGACAAAAUAUAUGGGCACUAGAAGCAGAUCGUCCCCAAUAUUUCCAGAAAUAGACACAUUUUUUCAAAAACAUUUAAGGUGGCGCUUCAUUGGGGGAACCGUGUGUAUCUAGAGCAACAGUGGAGAACCUGUGGCCUCCAGAUGUUGUUGGACUAUGUCUCCCAUUGACCAUCGGCUGUGCUGGCUGGGGCUGAUGGGAAUCCAGCAGUAUCUGGAGGGUUCCUGGUUUAGAAACUGCUGUCUUGGAUCAAGACAGUUAAACAAGCAUGCUGAACCACCUGCCACUCAGGAAAAAGCAUUUUAAGCACAGUUAAAUAAGCUUUAUGUGAUUACUUAAACUUUCUGAUACAGUGGUACCUCGGGCUCCAAACACCUCAUGUUACAAACAGUUCAGGUUACAGAUUCCGCUAACCCGGAAAUAGUACCUCGGGUUAAGGACUUUACCUCAGAAUGAGAACAGAAAUCGCACAGCAGCGGCAGCAGCAGGAGGCCCCAUUAGCUAAAGUGGUACCUCAGGCUAAGAACGGUUUCAGGUUAAGAACAGACCUCCAGAACGAAUUAAGUUCGUAACCAGAGGUACCACUGUAUUGAUCACUCUUAUUUGGAGGUAAGCAAUGAGGGCUGCUGUAUACAUUGGCCCCUUCCCACAUGCUAAAUGGCUUAGUCCUAUCCCACAUAAGAAUGUUUAGUGGCUUAGUUUUACAUCCCAGCCACAGACUGUGUUUUGUUUUAUUUCUAAUAAACCACAGUCAUUUAUAUUGGUUACUGUGCAGGGAACAAGUCUUGUAUAGACACACAAGAUGUCUUACAGUGAACUGUGUUGUAUUAGCAUGCUACUAUACAGACAGAUAAAAGCUUCAGUGUCAGAAGUAAAAUAAAAAUAAAAGUCUCUUUCCUUCCAGUCUAUUUUUAAUGAUUUCGGAAAUAGUUUUAAAUGUUUAUUUUAUUAUUUCACUUGCACAUUGAUCUUUUUUCAAAGAGCUUGCAUAUGGUUUCCAGGCAGGUUACAGUUCAGCAGGACUGAAUCACCUGCCUUUAGUAUAACUCUGGUGCAAGUGCAAAACAGCAAACUGAGCAAUAGUUUAAAAUAAAGUGAGUAUGGUACUUCUUAAAAAUAAAAUAAAAAUCUGUCCCUUUAAUAGCUUGUUCCAAAGUAAAUUUGCCCCAUAUUAGCUUUAAUUUGUACAUAUUUGUGAUUAAAAGCCUCUGCUUCUUGUGGUCAAGAGCAAAGGUGGAAUUCUGGAAAGGGUAAAAUGUGUAAAUUAAAGCAAUGUGAUAUCUGGUAACCCAGCAAGGUUAUGACUGUUGUACACUAAGGAAAGAUUUGAUGCAGAUGAAAUCACAGAGCACCUAAAUGCAGCUAAGUAUCUUGUGCAGUGGGGAAAGGAAGGACAGUUCUUCAGCAGCCACUAAUUAAGUUGAAGGGGUGAGAAGACACACAGGUCAAAGUUCCCAAUUCUAAAACAGAGUUAAAUGAGCAAUUAAUUAACCUUCUGUAGAAAGUACAGCAAGCAGAAUAGAAUGCAAUUAGCGCCACUUUAAAUUUAAUGUCCCAUCCCUAAUUUACAUUGGCCAGACGAUACGGUUUUUAAAAAGUGCCAACGCAUUUAUGUGCACAAAUGCCAUCGCCACUUAAGUCCAAAAGUCCCAGCUGCCCUAUGCGUUCCAUUACAUAGUAAGUCAUCAGAACAUCCUUUCUCUUGAAUGUUCCUUCACAUGCCCAUGAGUAUCAUAAAUGUUUUCAGUUGGAAGGUUCAUGUCAUGAAAGACUCCUAUUGAAACACAUAUUUCAAGUUGUCGGGCAUUGGACUGAGCUCAACGAAAAACAGCAUUUAAGUUGUGCAUAUAUUCAUGGCAUUAGAUAGUCUUUGUGGUCGGGAUUGUACAGUAGACAUUUAAUACAAAGUUUGUUGGACCCUUCAGAAUGCAGAAAAUCAUACAAUCACAAUAAAAUAAGCCAGUUUUGAUUCUUUUUAAAUCCAUCUUUUUAUCAUAUCUUCUUGCUUUUGAAAAUAACUUUAGUUGGUUUUUCCAAACCUAUUUCAUUACUUACUGAACCUCUGCUUGAGGUUGGAUUUAACAGUUUAUGUCCCUUUUAAAAGACAGGUGUUUUAUUGCUCUUUCCAGGUGUUUGAAGCUGUCAUUUCUUGGAUAAAUUAUGAAAAAGAGUCUCGUUUGGAACACAUGGCUAAGUUGAUGGAACAUGUCCGCCUCCCUCUCUUGCCCAGAGAUUACCUUGUACAGGUUAGUGUUCUUCUAGUAUCUACAGCACUAAAAGUUUAAUAAUAUACGCUUGGGCUGCUUGUUUGUGGCUUGCGAUCAAUCAAAAGAACCUUGGAUAGCCUUCAUAAUUAUGUGUGUGCCAUCCUAGCAGAUAAACAUAUUCUGAAUCUCCUUUUCACUUGAAGGUUCUGCUGGGCAGAGAAUGAGAGCUAACCUUGUCCAUAAAAACUGGUGCAGUGUAAAGCUGUCACUUUUGUGUCCUGAUAAUAUAGAAAUUUGGGAUAUUUGUCUUUAGCAGAUACAUUGUUGAGCUUGCUUCACUGAUAGAUCAAGUGGGGAAGCACUGGAGAAAAUUACUGCCAGUUUAUGCGAAGAUGGCCAUUCUCUUUGUUUAGUAUCUACAUGUGCACUAUAGUUAUUUCCAAGCUUUUCUUUUCACAGAACUGUGUUUUUUUUUCUUUUAAAAAAAGAUUCCAAAUUUUUAAAAAAGAACCUGGGGAUUGGAGCUGCUGAGACACAAGCAUGCAUAUCUCCUUGUUGUUUCAUUACUGCCGGUUUCUGAAGUUGUGUGAAUGUUUUAAUUCCUUAAAAUACCAUGUCUGGAACUGCUAGUGCAAAUUAAUCUUAGUCACAGUUCAAUUAUGCAGCUGAACAUUCAAAACACAACCUUUUGCAUUGUUGACUUCUAAAGGAGAAGGAGCCCUAUGCAUUUGUGGAGCUCUGUCUUUUCUGAAUUGUGACUUGAGCCCCAAGCAUGUGAGGUUUUGGAUUGCUGCCACUGUGGGGUGUGUGUGCCUGUGGGUGUGUAUGUUUUUUAUAUCUCAAAGCUUUUGUCUCCCAGGUUAUAAGAUCUCAUAGUUCCUUGUCUUCUGGAGCUUGUAUUAAGUAGUGUUGUAAAUAUUUUAAGAUGGGAUUGCUGUAGUUAUGCACUAAUCAAAACAUUUAUACUAAGCUUGCACAGUUUAACACAACACAAGCAUUACUGCACAGUUGAAGUAGAUAAUAUUGUAGUGAGUGAAAUAGGGGAAUGGGAUAAUGAUGUGGAAGAAGCAGUUUGGGGUUUUAUUUCUACUGCUACACUGAAAUCAUGAAUGAGCAUUACAGCGGCCUGCUAGUGACUGAUAAUACUGAUAAUAGCCAUUGUACUAAUAUCUUUGUUGGUGUCUUCAGACAGUUGAAGAAGAAGCUUUAAUCAAGAACAAUAACACAUGUAAAGAUUUCCUUAUUGAGGCCAUGAAAUACCACUUGCUUCCUCUGGAUCAACGGCAGUUGAUAAAGAAUCCUAGAACAAAACCAAGGACCCCAGUCAGUCUGCCAAAGGUAAGCAAUUUUUUUCUUGCUGAAAUACCCAAGAUGAUGGUCACAUGCCCCCUUUACAUGGAUAUGCACAGUGGUUAGAAUUGCAUGAUCAUUCCCCCUUGAAGGAGGAUUGGGCGCAUGCAGACAUAUCUGCACACAGUGUUCAUUGCCCUUUUGCACACAUGAAUGUCCAUUAAAUUGUCAGCAUGUUGGAAAGAGACUUCCCACUUUGACCUGGGUAAAUGGUUCAACUUUGCUGAAGUUCCUAUAGGUGGUAAUGGUGGUACAUGUUUUGUUUUUGUUUUUUGACUAGGGCAUAUGUGACUCAACCCAUGGAAGAUGUUUAUUAGCAAACCAACAGUCAUCUUACACCAUUACUAGAAUAAUUUCUUACCAAACAGAGAAACGUUGCGGUUUCUUGUUUUGACAACUACUGCUACUCCUAUUCUAGUUUUUCUAUUAAAGCUGAUUCAAAACCCAUUGCAAUCAGCCACUGUUCCAUAAACUUGGCUCUGCCACACUACUGCAUGGAGAAAUGCCAGUCAGAGGCAAAAAGGGAAAGGUUGCUCUGUUGUUGUGUGUUGUUAUAUCCCAGAUGGUGUUGGGAUGUUGGGUUAAAGUGGUUCUCAAAGCAAAUAGCCAGUAAAGGAGCACUAUGGUUUUAGUAUGUGCAUGUGUUUUGAAAACUUUGCCAUUUUGAAUGCAGCUAGGUUUAUGCACACAUACACAGUGUGUGCAUACAUUUUUUAAGAAAAGAAGCACUGUGUAUGUAUAUAUAAUUUAAGCAAACACAGAGCCAUUAAAUGCUUGUUCAAGUAAUUCCCCCUCCCCCUCCCAUUAUCGUGGGAAUUAUAAUCUCCCUUUGUUAAAACUAGUCUCUCUUGAUACUAAGCACCAUCAGCGUUUCCAUUGUUCUUAGAAUUUUCAUAUCAUUGCUAGGCUGUUAUCAAAUGCUUUUAUUAAAAUGUAGCUCUUCUGGGAUCUGAACUAAUUACCUUUUGCAAAGGAAGCUAGAUAAUCUCUGAAAGCUAGAGUACAUAGGCUUUGCCCAAAGGCUUCAAUCAGUAUUUUAUCCAAUAAUGUAUUGACUGUACUUCCAAGUUCAAUAUCAUUCAAAUGCCAACUUCUCAUGCAUCUGAAGUAAACUUUGCUUUUUUUUCUUGGGUGAGUUCUCACAUAGCUGAUGGUGUCCUAUUGCCAUUUAAGGCCCCAAAUAAGAUCAAGGAUUUCUGUUUGCUGUUGAAAAUGCUCUCAUGGUAACUUUUCUCCCUUCCUACCAAGGUAAUGAUGGUGGUUGGUGGGCAAGCACCUAAAGCUAUUCGGAGUGUAGAGUGUUAUGAUUUUGAGGAGGAGCGAUGGGAUCAAGUUGCUGAACUUCCUUCUCGGAGAUGUAGAGCAGGUAAAUAUUUUCCCUAUUAAAAAAAAAUAGCCUCAGUCACAAUCACAAAAAUUAUUUAGGACGGAUUUUAUAUAUUCAGUUGAAUUUUAGGCUAAAGUAAAACAUUAGAGUUAGCCCUUUUCUGUUAACAGAGCCAGGCUCUCUUGGAUGAGACUGAUUUUCUAGAUCCAUUUCAGUUGGUUUUUAGGCCUGGUUUUGGCAUGGAACAUAUCUCUGUCACCCUGUAUGAUGGCCUUUGUUGGGAGAGAGACGGGGAGUGCAACCCCAUUGAUUCUGCUUGGUCUCUUGGCAGCUUUUGCUAUGUUAGUUGUGUCUGGCAGGCAGUUAUACUUGUUUUGAUAGAACAAUCUCCUCAGCGCUCUGUUGAAUUCCACCCAGUAAUAACAGUCUCAUGGACUUCAGCAGCCAGCAAGAGCCAUUUCACAUAUCAAUACUUUUGUGUAAGCUGAACAUACAUAGCAUGAGUGCAACAAACGUGAUUUCAGAUAUUGUGCUCUAUUCCCCUUGUUUGAGCGUACAUUUGUUGGCAAACCCAGCCUUUUUUAUGUAAUGUAUGAAAUAGUGAAAUGCUCCACUAUGGUAAUGGUGGUAUAUGAGGCCAUAACAUUUGAAAGCUUGCUUUUCCCAUGGAUCAGACCUAUUGAAUGGAGAGAUUCCAUGCCAAUGCCAGGCUUACCCUCUCAUAGACUUGAUUCAUGAAACAAGCAGCAUUCAAACUUUACAGGUUCCAUAUGUAGUUGUCACCAUAUUCCAGAUAUUGCUUGGUGACCUUCCUGAAGUUCUGGUAGGAAAAAGAGAAAGAAAAUAAUUGUCCUAUAGGCAUGACCUGCCUUCCAUUUUUCUGUCUCCCAAUUUGUUUUUAACAGGGGUGGUAUUCAUGGCAGGCAAAGUCUAUGCUGUGGGAGGUUUUAAUGGCUCUUUACGAGUCCGAACAGUAGAUGUAUAUGAUGGAGUGAAAGACUUGUGGACGUCAAUAGCCAGCAUGCAAGAAAGACGAAGCACUUUAGGGGCAGCUGUGCUAAAUGAACUCCUCUAUGCUGUUGGUGGGUUUGAUGGAAGCACAGGUAGGUUGCUAAACAAACAAAACUGGGUGAAUGCUGUUCAUAUCUUCGCUCUUAAACACUUUACAAGAACUGUAGAACUUCCUUUGAAUUCAGUGCUCCUGAUGCUACAUUUCAAAUCUUCUUCUUUAUAAAACAACAAAACAAAAACCUUUGUUACAACCUGUUUUAUUAUGUCUGGUGUAGUUUUCUGCAGUGGAUGGAAGAAAUUCUUGGGUGGGUUGCACUUCCCAGUCAUUUUUUUCAGUGCAUGGUUGUUGAGUAAUCACAAGUGAUGAGAACUGGGGUGGUAUUUUGAGAUACAGAUUCUCAGUGCAAAAUUAUUAGUAUUUGGUUUAGGUGUCCAGUUCCUGAUCCUGAAGUAGUCUCAACCUGCUUCCUUUCCCCUUUUUGUCUUGGAAAGAUUAAGACAAGAGUAUUGCCUGGAAAAAUUAAGUCAGGAUGGUACCUGUGACAAAGGAGGGGUUAUACUCUGCUAAAUUAAGGAUGUAGAAAACUUGCCUUAAUAUUAUUUUCAAAAAUAGGUCUUGCAUCUGUGGAAGCAUAUAACUAUAAGACCAAUGAGUGGUUUUUUGUGGCACCUAUGAACACAAGAAGAAGCAGCGUUGGAGUUGGGGUCGUGGAAGGUAAAGACAGCAAACUGCUGUAUUGGCCGCAGCAGCACAGUUAAGUGUGAUAGCCUAGCAGCAAGCACUUUUUUAAAGACAAAAAAUUAAGGCAGUUAACAUUGUCGGACUACACUGCGUGUUCCAGAAAUCAUUAUCCCAUCUUGAAUGGGAACAGGCUGAGUACAAUAGUGAUUGAGACACGCUUAGUUGUUAAGUUGUGGGGUCCCCCCCCCCCUUCUCUACUGCGUUGGGAAGUUUAUCUUAGUGUUUUGCCAUCUGGCCUGGCAGGUAUCAAGGCACUGGGAGGAGGGACAAAACCUAGUCUGUCUAGUCUGCACUGAUGCCGAGUAUGCCUCACCCAUAAAAUCACGGAAUUCUGUAAGUUUCAGCAGUGUCAAUCUCACAGUUCUGCCUAGGUCCUAAACCAGGAGUCAGGAAUAUUUUUCAGCCCAAUGCCAAGCACCACAUUCUUAUGGACUAUCUUUUUGGGGGGGGGGGCUGUAUGCUACUGGUAGGUUGGGCAAUAGAUGUGACCCUUACCUUUCCAGAUUUUUCUUCUUACACCCCCAUAUCUCUCCAUCCAGGCAAGCAAGAGGCAUUGUCACAGUUUAAGGAAAAAUUCCACCUUGACAAAUGCAUUUUAAGUGGGUGCAGAGUAGGGCUAGCAGCAGAUGUGACCCAGGAAGAGUCCUGAGGGCCAUUUAGGGUCCUUGAGGCCCUGGACCCCAGAUUCCCCCCUUCCUUACACUGGUUUUCCAUGUGCCACUCGAUAUGAUCCGCCAACCAGAGUGGCUGUGGAAACCCAGAUGGGUGGGGUAUAAAUAAUAAAAUUAUUAUUAUUCACAAUACAAAAUUUAAUGAACUGAGUGAGAGCUACUUCGUUACGCUCAAUGUGAAGAGAGCUGGAAGGACUAUCAAUGGCUUUUUUCCGUGGCUCUGUGUCUCCAUCUUGUGGGAAAUGGAUGUUUCACAUCUUCUGAAGCUGGGAGAUGUGCAAGGUUUGUCAGGAAUUUGGGGAUUUUUUCAUACUCUAUAAGUUCUGACAAUGAUUUUAAACCUUUUUUCUGUGCCCUCAGAGAAGUCAUCCCAACUAUCCUUACCUAAGUAUUUUCCCUGCUAAAUGGUUCUCUAUAUUUCACUGUGGAAGCUUGGUAUGACGCUUUUCCUAUUUCCGGAGGUUUUUUGUUGGAUUUUUAAAUACGGAUGGCCGAAAAGGCCUUCUCCCCAAAUGAAACUUUGGUAGAAAGAGCAGGGUUUUAAAGGGAUUUGCACUUGAUCAAAGAGAAGUACAUUUUCACCCGUUUUGUAACAUGGCAAAUAAUGGAACAACCUUCUGCAGCGAACUAUCCUUGAGAACAUCUCACUUAGCGAGUGUUUGUUGAUCUGAGCAUUUGGUAUACAUGAUGAAGGUCAACUGAAACAUGUUAUAUGUACAGGUAUUUAUCAAGCUAGUAGGCGGCUAUCACAAAAGGAUUGUGUAAUUGACAUGGUACAAAUGAUCAGUGAUGAAAUGUUCUGAAGUGUGAAUAUUCCCAACUGCUCCUGUUGAUGUUCAGUGCUGCAUAUUCAUUUUUUCUAGGUAAACUCUAUGCUGUUGGUGGUUACGAUGGAGCAUCACGUCAGUGCCUUAGUACUGUAGAACAGUAUAACCCAGCUACAAAUGAGUGGGCAUAUGUGUCGGAUAUGAGUACUCGCCGCAGUGGUGCAGGUAUCUUACUGUGCUGUUUUUCCUCCUUGUUUAGUUGUCACAGCUAAAUCUCUGAACAGUACCUAAGUUUGUUACAAGAGCUCUUGAAAAUAGUACCAUGUAUGUUGCCCCUUUCCUGGCAAUGUGUGAUAAGACUAAUGAUACGGUAUUGUCAUACUAUUCUCAAAUGCUAGGCCUGUAAUUGUAGUAUAAGGGCAGGCCUGUGCAGUUUGGGGGCAGGCCAGGUAGAAGAAGAAGAAGAAGAAGAGUUUGGAUUUGAUAUCCCGCCUUUCACUCCCUUUAAGGAGUCUCAAAGCGGCUAACAUUCUCCUUUCCCUUCCUCCCCCACAACAAACACUCUGUGAGGUGAGUGGGGCUGAGAGACUUCAAAGAAGUGUGACUGGCCCAAGGUCACCCAGCAGCUGCAUGUGGAGGAGCGGAGACGCGAACCCGGUUCCCCAGAUUACGAGACUACCGCUCUUAACCACUACACCACACUGGCUCUCUUGCUCCAGGCCUCAGAGGGCUAAGCUGGCUGUGGGGGCCCACCAGGGACCGGCUACUUUUCUGUUUGUGUUUAUAACUUUAUUCUAACAAGACUUCUGCCCCAGGUCUUAGGCAUUCUCUGCAAAGGCCUUUAUAAGGGUAUGAAUUGUCUUUCUGCGAGGGAUCCCAGUGUUUGGACAUGUGAGGAAAACUCCUGCAUUGAAUAUUUAGCUCACUUUUAUGAUGGGGUUGUUGAAUGAAACAGCCGCUUAGGAGUAACUUAUGCUCUGAAGCUCUCAGAGUUGCUGUCCUCUUGUUUUGCAGGUGUUGGUGUACUUAGUGGACAGCUGUAUGCUACUGGGGGACAUGAUGGCCCUUUGGUGAGGAAAAGUGUGGAAGUAUAUGAUCCUGGAACAAAUACGUGGAAACAAGUGGCAGAUAUGAAUAUGUGUAGAAGAAAUGCAGGUAUUUAUUUUGUAAUUUCCUCCAAGCAACCACAGCACACUUAUAUAUAUUGCCCUUCCAGUAUAAGCAACCUUUCAAAGAAGCUUACAGUAAUACUGAAACAAAAACAUCAAUUUUAUAAGCUGUAUCUUGCUUUUCUAGGUAUUUAAAAUUAAAUCUCCAUACUUUAUAAGACAGGAAGUCCUGAAGGUGUGUGUGUUUUAUGCAUCUGUGUCUGUAGUGAGUAACAAGGAAUAUGGAAUUUAGCAGAGGGAGUUUAUGAAUUCCAGAACCUCUGUUUUCUUUACAAGAACAUUUUCCUUGCUCUCGUGACUUCACAGAGAACAUUCAAGUAUGGAACAGAUUUUGUCAUCAGAAAGCAUAGAAAUAAAAGGGUAAUUUAUUUAUUUCAUACAACCUCCAGUGGUCAGAAGGCUGAGCCUUUUAUACCCUGCACAGCUCCUAAUCCCCUAUCCUUGCUGUUCCUGCUGCCCAGUCCUUGAAUUGUGCCCAGUGCUUUAAACAGGGUUGCAAAUGGAGCCAAUUUGGUUCAUUUUUCAUUUGUUACAAAACAAAUUCCAACAGGAAAAGGUCUUUGUUAUCUAUAUGCCAGUCGCUAGCUGCUUUGUAACUGGCAUUGCUUAGGAGUUCUGUGAAACAAGAAAAAUCAGUGUAGUUCUUAAAUCAGUGGUUAAAAUGAGUGCUGUUUUAAAAAGGUUCAUUCUGCCAUCUUGUUUCAAAAUGGUGUACAAUUGUAUCCAAAAAUAGAUGGAAACCUCCUUGAUCUCAGGAACAGUCAUGCAAAAUUUGGUUACGGUAUCUAAAGAGAUGUCCAAAUACAUAAUAAAUUCAGGGAUACUUUUUUCCAGAUGUCCUCUUGGUGCUAUCUCCAAAUAUCCCUCAUGUUAUUUUCCUCAAAUCCCUUGGAUACUGGAGUGUUCUGGGGAAGAGAAAUGGCAACUGCCUGUACGCAGGUGACAGGAAAAACAAAGUAACCCCCUAUCCCCACCAAACCCCCUCAUUGAUGUGAGUUAUGAAGUGAAUGUGAUAACAUUGAACACAUUAUGUGCUUAUUAACAAAAAUGAAUGGAAUAAUGAGUGACUUCUAUUUUUUUUGCACAUUCCUAAAUAUUAUAAAAAAUACCUCUCACCUUGCUACAAGAACAGCUUAUGAAAAUUAAUGAUAUAUUAUUUCUGAGUACAAUCAGAGUGCACAAUUUCAGUGUCGAUGGUUCAUACUUUGGGGCUCCCUGAAGGAUCUGGAGUGAAUCCAGCCUGAAUGCUAGAGUUCCUUCCCCCUCCAUGCCACAGCCAUGUAAACUUAAAAUAACACAUUUUUCCCCUCCAUAGGUGUGUGUUCAGUGAACGGUCUUCUCUAUGUGGUUGGGGGAGAUGAUGGCUCUUGCAAUUUGGCAUCUGUAGAAUACUAUAAUCCUGUCACUGAUAAAUGGACAUUAUUACCAACAAACAUGAGCACUGGAAGAAGUUAUGCAGGUAAGCAGUACAUUGAACCAGGUGGAAGCAGAAGGAUUGGCUGGAUGAAUCUGCAUUUCUCAAAUCUCUGCUGUGAUUCUUGGCAGGGUUAGCAACACUUUUUCCUGGUAGAGAAAUUUCACUCCUAAAAGGAACCUGGGCCUUUAACGUGCUACUGCUUGGCAUGUAGAAAUCCAACAGAUGGUAUUUCCCCAUUUCUGAUGUUCAUCUGGCAAAGAUGCAUCUGUUUAAAUUCUACCUGCUGUGUGGCCAUUACAGGCAAGAGAGUCUCUGGUCAGAAAAGAGUCAGUACCCCAAGUGUAUCUUGAGCUUUCUAUAAGUCCCAGUGCAGGUAAAAGGUUACUCCAAAAAUCAUCUGUAUGGUGGCCCAGCUACACCCCUAUCUGGACAGGAACAGCCUAACUGCUGUUGUGUAUGCUCUGGUAACCUCUAGGUUAUAUUAUUGCAACAUGUUAUACAUAGGACUGGCUCUGAAGAUGGUUUGGAAACUUUAACUAGCACAGGAUUUGGUGACCAGGUUGCUCACAGGGGCAAGACAGUUUCAGCAUAUUACACCAAUUCUGGCCUGACUCCACUGGCUGCCAAUUGGUUUCCAGGCCUAGUUUUGCUGAAUUUGACCUUUAAAGCCUUAAAUGGCACAGUACCAAAAUACCUCAAGGACUGCCUCUCUCCUUAUGAACCUCCCAGACUCUAAGAUCAUCCUCUGAGGCCCUUCUUUGUGUGCCUCCUUCACAAGAGGUCUGGAGAGUGGCAGCAAGAGAACAGGCCUUUUCAUCAGUGGCUCCCCAUUUGUGGAAUGUUCUGCCCAGGGAGGCUCGCCUGAUGCCUUCAUUAUAUACCUAUAGGUGGCAGGUAAAAAUGUUUCUCUUCAACCGAGCCUUGGGCUGAUUGACAUACAGUGCCCUUUUAAAUGUGCUGUGGGAGGGGGGAUUAUUGGUUUCUUUUUCUUAUUUUUACUAUGUAUUGUGGUUUUGUGUAAUUUUAUGUUGUGAACCACCGUGAGAUCUGUGGAUCAAGGGCGGUAUAUAAAUUUAAUGCAUGUGUACCUUCUUCCCUUGUAGGUGUAGCUGUGAUCCAUAAACCAUUGUGACACAUGUUCAAGUGACUGCAAAGACAAGAAAUAAUGACCAUCUUGCUUGGUGGGUUUUGGAAGAUACUGAAAUCUGACUCUUAACUGCCACACUAAUAUUGCACUCCUAGCAUGACAAGUAUGUGCUAAAACCAUCAACCUCUGCUCAGCAAUGGGCAGUGCAGCAACGUGAAAAGUCUUGCUGUGAACAUGUUCCAGAAAUGAGAUGUUGCUUGUUUUUCUUGGUGCAAUCUGCUGUUUUAUGUACAGCCAAGACUUGAGUUUGAACUGAAUUUCUCAAGAGCAAGGAAAUGUAUCUCUAUGGCAUGUAACCAGGAGAAAGGGUAUUUUGGAAUACUUCACUACUGAAGUAGCAUAUACACUAUAAUAUGUUCUAUUUACUUACCAAACCUUUUAGACAAAUCUACUACUGAGACUGGAAUUUUUGAAACAACCCUCGAAAGGAAACCAGACCUGAAUAAAUAAGACUGGGAGCUCUAGCUCAUAUGGUAUAUUGCCCCCAUCAUAUGUACAUACACUAGUUGACUACUGUAAAUGUGUUAUUUAGGACACUGGAUGUGUACAUUGUAUGAAUUUUAUCCUAGAUGUAGAACUGCAAUUUUCAAACCUAUUUUGUAUAUGUGGUCGGAUGAGCCAAGCAGCGUCUUUCUCUAGGGUAAAAGCAUACGUAAACUACCCAAAGACUAGUAACCGCACUAAAAUGUAAGGUUCUAGAGGCGGGCUGGUGGUGGUGGGGAAGGUAUUGCUAUUUCAAAAUUAAUUCUGACCACAGUUGACAUUGAAAGGGGUGGGGAGUCAUAACAUGGUGUCGCCUUGACUAUUGCCAACAAUUCAGAAAACCCAAACUGCACCUGCUUUUUAAAGGGCAUCUGGGUACCAUGGAAGAGUAUUUUAAAUUCAUCAACUAUGGUUGUCACCAGAUUUCCAGGGUGGUGGUGGGAUUCAGUAGUGGAUUCCAGGGUUACAGCCAGGUUUGUAGAGCUGCAUCCAGCACUGUGACUUGUAGGAUGAUACUGUACAUGGAUGAUAUUGUCAUGAGCAAGGGCUGAGAGUAGCAGGGAAGCCCAUCUGAGCAAAUGGGACUUCUGAAUAACAAACUGGGUGGUCAGCCAGAAUAAUAAUCUAGUAAAUGCUAGCCAAGUUUAGAUUAGAACUUCACCCAUCCCUAUAUACCUCUUGCAUUUGGCCAAAUACCACAAGUUGCCCAAGAUUUAAAAACCUUUAAGUGUCUUAAUGCUUCCAUCAUGUAGUUGGUUAAAGCUGCAGUGCUGUGCAUAAUCACCUUGGAGUAAGCUCUGUUGAACUUAGUGGAGCUUACUUUUGAGUAGACAUGUAUAGGAUUGCACGGUAAUUCUUCCAGCCAUUUUUCCUAACUGCUGACCUUUCAAAUAUUCACUAUGUUUUCCUUAUUAUAGCUGUGUACUGAAGUUACUCAAACUUUUAAGCAUUUAGUCCAAAAGGGAGAGAGAAGUGAUUUGGGGGAAAUAAGAAAAGCUGGGUCUAGCUAAUUGGCUCAACUCAAAUCUAAAAACCUCCAAGCUUCUGUUAUAUUCACUGUCAUCAUCCAACUGAGAAUUAUUUUGUUCCUAGAAAGUUUGUGUUCUUGUAACUUCCAGCUCUUCUGAGAUGUGUAAUGCUAAGGAAAGCAGCCACAAAAGAUUAACAAGGAAGUAUAUCCUUCCUUUCUCUUCCAACCCCUUACUACGUGCAUUUUAAAGGUGGGGUGUGUGUGUGUGUGUGUGUGUGUGUGUGUGUGUUUCCCCAAGAGCACUUAACUUAUUUCUUAUGUAGAUAGACAGCUUUUUUAUCACUUGCCAAAUAUCAAGAGUGAAGUAGAAUAUAUAACUGAACUUGCUUUGAACAAGCGUUAAUAAGGUAAGAUUCUAUUAUUUUUGACAAGGGCUUUCAUCCCUUAAUUGGAUAUAAAAACAAAACAAUUUCCUUAAAAGAGUCUCAGUGCUACAUCUUAUGAUACCUUUUGUACUCUGGCACAGAAACUGUAGUACAAAAUACACCUGAAGAAUGCACAUACAGGGUGCCUAAUCGCUCUUCAAAACACAAGUGAGCCUGGUUGUUGCUUGCUCAACACUUGAGUAUUUUAAAGAGGAACAUGGCAGUUUCUACAUGUGUUUCACCCUUUGUAUUUCCGAGAAUGCAGCCAGCAGCCAAUGAAUUGCUUCCAGGGUUGGGGUAGGAAAUCUCUUUUCAGGACCUGUUUAUGCAUUAUUCUUUCUGUGUGGAGGAUAUUAGUCUGCUACAUAUAGCCCCUGGUCUCUCUCUGUAUGAGUUCUGGGCUGCAGCUCUAAUGCUUUGCAUUGUUUAUACUUCUCUAGUGUGGAGAAUCUCCAUUUUGUUGCUUUGAAUGUCUUGAGAGCACUGUGGAGAUUCUCCACAGGAUAGCAGCAGUCUUUAGGGCCCCACAGCCCUAUAUCUACUUACCUGGGAUUAAUCUCCAUUGAAUUCAGUGGAACUUACUUCUGAAUAGACAUGUAAAGGAUUGCAUUGUUCAAUCACAAUAGCAGAUGUGAAUCAUUCAAUAGGCAGAAGAUUAUUCCGUCAACCUCCACAUGAAGAAAUGCAAUGUGUAAACCACUUAAGACCAUUUAAAUACUAUGAAAUCUUGCCCUCUCAUAUUGGUUGAAGGAUCAUUUAAACACUAAGAAUACACCCUUACCUCAUGUGAUGAAUCAGUUGUCAGACACAGAUAUACAUGUACUGAACAUGAAUGGAUUUUUCUGUUCCAUUCACCACCAAAACUGUAUGCCAGUCAUAUAUAUCCCUUGACAGGCAGUGAAUUUUUGAGUUAACCUGAUCUAUGAUUCAUUCCGAAAUGGCACCUAUGUCCAUAUAACAUCUGGAGAAAUUACAAAAAAAUAAUAAUGGUGUACUGAGUGUUCAUAAAUAGUCAGGACCAUAAAUGGCCUUGCUCUCAGUCACUUACCCACUAGCAAAUGGUAUAUGUCACUUCUGUGUGUAAACUUGCAGUUAGUGCAAGUCAAGUGACCUCAUUUUCCAGCUAUGCAAUAUUAUUGCUACAUAAUAAACCAGCUGCAAUAGUCCCUUUAAAGCGCAUUUGAAAUAUCUCGCAUUGUGUGUGCAUUUUUAAUAUUUGUACUGUGCCGAUAAUCUGAGCCAGAUCCUUUCAAAGGUUGCCUUUUUAUAGGGCUUGAAAAUAAUAGCUUUAGAGCUUGCAAAUUUUAAUGCAGCUAUUUUUGUAAGAUAAUUCUGAAGAGUUCUUGGAUCUCCUUUGAUUUUGGUGGCAUUAUGAUUAGUGUCUAAUCCUUACACCAUGGGCCCAGUUCUCAUCAGCCAUUUGUGUAUGGUGUCUUGUAUAUUUUUGCUUGAAAAAGGGAAAAUCCUUUGGCUUCUCUUGAUUUUAUGAAAAGGACACUUCUGGACUUCAUGUUAAUUAACAGUGUAUUGUUUCUUCCAUGAUUAGUAACAUCAUAAAUUGCUGGAUUUAUAAGAAAACAAUUGAAUUUAUUUUUUUGAACUUUGAGUUGUGAUUCACUUUCUGUACUGUUGGGCUGGACAAACAGUUCACAAAGUAUUUGUGUACUAAUACUGCUGUAUUUCUCUCUCUCUGUGUGUGUCUUGCUCAUACCUGAACAUAAUGUUCUGAAGCUAAAUGUUAAAAGUCAGAAUAAUGGUAAUAGGUUUGGUUGUCCUUUAACUCCUUUUACAGGUUUUCCUCGGACACUGUUUGGAGAUACCCAAAAUUCAUAAAUCUGUUUCUACAAAUAGUCUUUGAUUAAAUUGUUGGGCAAUCUUUUAUCCAGAAGCUGGCUUAUCAGGUUGUGAUGAAAUAAGAUGAUGACCUUCCAUAAGAGUUGUGUGUAGGCCCAAAACCUGGGUGCAUCCAUGCUCUGCAUGUGACGACAAAUGCUUUGCAGACAUCCUUUCCCAGAAACUCCCAUCACAGAACUCCCACAUGCACUUAAAUUCUUAAGAAGUAAUUUGGCAUGACAUCAAAGGGAAACUGCUAGUAUGCCUGUGGUACCCCCUCCCCAUCUUUCUCAUUUAAAUUGCUUUUGUAGCAUAUCUUCAGUCUCAAAAAUUAAAGGAGUUUUCCAGACAGUCAGCUUUUGGAUAUAGCCAAAAGCAUUAUCUUCAGGGGUAUUCAGCACUGCACUGUUUCUACAAAAAUCUGAAAUGAAGCUAUUUUUAUUGCCCCAGUCUUUUAGCACUGUUUGAAUUUUGUGUGGAAGUUUGCCCGAGUAAUUCAUUUCAACUGGAUCCUAUUUUAUAUUUAACUGUGACUGUGGCUAGCAUUGCACAACUAAGCCACAAAAACUGAAGUUUUACUUUUUGCACUAUUUGUACACCAAUGACUUAAAAUACUCUGUUUUAGGAAGCUUAUCAACCGAGCAGCUAUAUUUGUCCAAAAGCUUAUUAGCUCAUUCUCCCUAUUAACUCAUAGGACAAAUAGAUAGAAUAAUACAGUGUAAUUAAAGUUGAUUCACAUUUGAAGCAUCUGGAAUGAUAUGAAAUUUUGAAUUUUCUUAAAUGGCACUGUUUAAAUAUAGCCAUUCUGUUACAUUGCCAUGCCAUUCAUAGGCUUUAUUUAAUAGUAAAAGGGAAUAGCCUGUCAACCCUAUAAGAAUGGUAGCUUUGCCAAAAUGUUCCAUUGCUGAAAAAUAUAGUGGCGACAUUUUAUAUGCAGUGUGAAACCAUGGUUUGGUGUCAUGUGUAUGAGCAAGCUUAGCUUCAAGAUAUGUACAUGUAUUUCUCUCCUUGUUUGGCAUAGUUUCUAAACUGACUUCCAUAAACUGACUUCCCAGUCUCAAGACACAGCUUGAUCCCGGUUUAUGGGCAAACUGUAGCCCUGCUCAGGUGUUAUGCCUAAACAGGAAACGUCCACUCAUGUAGGAGACACAAGGUCACAUGCUGUCCUGGUCCUUCUUGCUCAGUCUUCAGCCUUCCUGUGUUUAUCAGGAAAGGUCUGAAAGGGGCUUUUACCAGCAUUUCUUUGAAUACAAAUAGAAACCCCCUCAUGGUUCCUGAUUGCACAGAGGUUUCUACUUCUGCUCAAGUCAGUAGUGGUAAAAGGGUUCAGAUAAACAGGAAGAUCAGUAACAGGGAGUGUGGAGAAGAUGCACACAGGGACAUUGGGGAGUGUGGGGCAUGCACAGCCCUGUGUCUCCUACAUGGAUGAUGAUAUCCUGUUCAGGGUUGAGCAAGACUUAUGUUUGAAGCAUAUCCUAGUUUGCCAUGUUUGGAUACUAUGACAACUGGAAGCCGGUAAGGGUGAAAUCCCAUUGGGUGAUGCUUUUCUGACAGCUGGCUAGCCAGCGCUAGUAAGACUGGCUGGAGAUCUUGUCCAAGGCACUUGGUUCUGGCAGGCUUGGUGUUCUGGCACUCCCUCUACAUACUGGGGCUGACCAUGCAAGGGGAAGAGGGACCCUGCAAGCCCCAGGGACGGUUUUGCUCAUGCACGCAAUACCAAACUACGGUGGAAUGAGCUCAUUGUUUGAUUAAUAUAUUGUGGGCAUAAGAAUACAGUAAACCUUUUUUCAUGAGAUCCUAAAUUAUUUUAUUUUCUUGUACAGUAGUGAUAAUGCUAAGAAGUUUAAUUUGUAAAUAUAUUGUAUAAAAUAUGUUUUAAGGCUAACAGAAGAUUGUAACAGCGUUCACCUUGAAUGCACAGUUUUUUUUAAAAAAAAUAAUAAAAUAGACUGAGAAAAUGUAGCUGUGAUCCAUAUACAAAUUAAUUCAACAUGCUAAUAUUUCUUAGGUUUUACAGCCCACUCCUGUGCACGCUUACUCAAAAGCAAGUCCCACAUUGUUCAUUGGAACUUAUUUGAAAGUAAAUGUAUGUAGGAUUGCAGCCUUAGUUAAGAUCAUACUGCACAUUACAUCCAUUGGUUAGUUCCUUAUAAUUGCUGGUUACUGCCAUGGGACCAACUGGUUUGUGAUGCAAUUCUGUUUCUUUUCAGAAGCAAAACCUAGAAUUUAAACUCCACAAAAAUGUUAACAACAAAAGGUCAAAUCUGUUCUCAAGGACAUUGAAUUUUGGUGGAAUAAAGUUGAGCAAAUGAAAUUGAUCUUGUGUUUAUUCUGAUUCUGCCAAUGUUUUGGAGUUACAGUGAAUGGAAACGUAGGACCAAAAUAAUAGAACUAUAGAAUUAUUAAAGUUCAUUGUCAAUAAUCCUAAUUAUUUUCUGCAUGUGUACACCAAGAGGUCAAAACCUGCAUGUAUCUAAGCAGGCAAUGGAUAGUCACUUGAAAAAAAUCCUGAGAUUAUUGAUGCACUGCUUAUCACAUGAUAUGGGCAAAUUAUUUUACUUGGAAAGAAAAAUCUGUUGAAGAUUUUUGCUGUAGUUGACAAUCACAGGCCUGCUGUACCCCUCUUUGUUAAAUUUGUGUCUCGCUUUCCC